AUGGUGCUCAUCAAGGAAUUGUAAGCGGCCGGGGAGUCAGGGUGCGCUGGGGGCAGGGAGCCGGGGAUGAAUGAGCCGGAGAGCAGCUGUUCCAUGGAGGUAGCGGCUCGCUGGUACUGAUGCUGGUCCUUGGGCUGGUGACAGUCACCGGGCGAUAUUUACUAAACUCCGAGUUCUAUCGAAUCCGAAUGGCAGAGCAGAGUCGGAGCUGAUUCCAGCUGUUACUGGCACUGACUUGGGACAUUUUCCAGAUCUGAGAUAAUAUAAAUUUUAUUUUGUUUCAAUUUCUUAAUUUGUUUAUCUUUUUUCUAAAAAUUCUAUUUUCUAGAAUUCGGAGUUUAGUAAAUAACGCUGGCAGCGAUGCAGAAUUUAGAUGAGUUUGUGGUUGUCAGUAAGUAGCCUGCAUGUGUGAGUACCAUUGAUGGUUUUUUUUGGAUGUUUGGGGGUGAGAGGUGGGAUAAAUGGGGAGGGAGUGAAACCAAAGUCUCCUGUACUUGGAAGAGAGCAGGAAGUGUUAAAAGAGAUUUACCGGUGAGAAUUGCAAGUGUAAAUUUCCCGAUUCUAUGUUUCGAGUUCUGGGAGAGGAACUUGCAGCACCCUUCUACUCACUGUAUGGGGCAGGUGGUUAUAUUGUUGCAGCAGAUGCACUACCUGACACCUCUCAGGUGUACAGUUUCCAUUUUAGGACAUUAUCAGAUAUCAUUGUCACAUAGCAAAUUAUCUUUAGUAAAUUUGCUAAGUGAUAAUAUCCUAAAAUGGACAUUUUAGGACACCGGUUAAAGGUGCUGCAAAAGCCCUCUUAUGUGUGUUCAGAAAAAAAAAAUAUAUAUAUACAUCUCUAUGUACAGUUAUAUUUAUUUUAAUUUUAUUUUUUGGCAUCCAGGCCCACCUUGUACUCACAGUUUGUUUAAAUGCUGUUUGUGUUGAGAUAUCAGAAUGUAACCUUGGUAGGAUGUCCAGUGGUGUUUGCUAGAUUGCCUGGCUGUUAACAAUAUUACUUACAAAAUAAAAGACAAAUAUUUUUUAAUUGUUAGAUUAAUAAUCCAGAGUAUCAAUUUUUUUAAACAUGACUUCUUGUGGAGGGUUUCUCCUCAUGUGCACAUCAUGCUGUGGGUGAUUGCGUGGGUGACCCACAGCACAGGGGAUAUUGGCAAGGACAUCCUCCUUUCCAAUUGGAAUAGACUCAUUGCUAACAGAUGAUAACAUGAAGUAAUGUAUAACAAAGCCUAUAAUUUGUUCUGUACAAUUACAGGCAUCAUUUGAUUAAGAACAACUUGGCAUGGACUUUGAUUUUUGGGCUGAUCUUGGGCACUCCCCACUGAGCUGUACAUGCUUCUCUUGCAUUAUAUACAAGAAAAUAAACUGGAUUUAAGAGAUCUGAAAUCAUAGUUUAAAAUAGAGCAUUGUUUAGAUUUAUGGCUUAAAAAUAAAAUUUAAAAGAUCAUGAUUAAUGUUGUAGCAAACCUUAAAUGAAUGAGAUUAUGAUGUAUUUUCCAGUGUUUUGUAAGGCACAUCCAAGACUGUGUGAUAUUUAUUAUUCUGAUUCCCAUGGUCAUAGUAUUUUGCUCUUUGUAGCAAAGGUCUUGGACGAGAGGCAUUUAAAAGCUUGUUGGAUGUCACACGAGUUCAGAGAUUUCUGAAGCUUUGUGUUGGCUGCCCUCGUAUGCUCUGAGAGCAGCGUCAUCUGGCAACUCUUGCACUGUUGUUUGGGGCUAAGCAGGAGUUAGAAGGAUUUAUUUUAUUUUUAUUACCAAAAAAAAAAAAGAGGAAAUAAGUGAAUUUCAUACUCUGAAACAAUUAAUUUCACAUUCAUUUUCCAACAAGUGGCUGUCAUUGUGAGGCAGUGUUUCUCAUUGUGCUAAGGCCUCAGAGAGGCCUCAACUGCAGAAUAUCUGCUCACUGUUUUUAACCUAAUAUGGUGUAUAUAUAUUUUGCCUUUACUAGACAGAUUCUCUGUAAUCAGAUGUCACUCUGUGUGUUCUAAUUAUUAUCCAGACAUUUUGUUGAGAAGUUGUUUUAUUUUUCUCUAAAUGUGUUAUUACAUUUUAGAUUAUCAUGAGUCUCAAAUAGAAUAUAUAUUAGUUUUUACAUUCCUUACUGGGCUUAUUAUAAAAAUAUCGGACUGUCUGGCAUUGAUGAGGCACAGUUAAAGUUUGACUGUUUGGUCUAAAUGUUACGAUCAUUGGUGAACUACCACUUUGGAUAAACGUGCAUAGGUCUAUUUGUUGAACUGGCACGUUUUAUGGGAAUGCUUAGGGACGGUGUUGCAAACUGUAGGCUAAAAUAGCUGAAACUGAGAACUUUUGGAGUUUGGCAGAUUAAAAUUUUUUAAUUGUGUAAUAAUCCUUGCAAUUGUCAACAAAUUCUUGGUUUAAGGAAUAAUAACAAUAGACUGUUUGUAUAGCUAUACUUUGCAUAGUGCUUCUAUUGAUUGUUGCCAAGGAAGUGCAAGUUUAUAGGUCAAAGUAUGCUGGUGUUUUAUUAACAGAAUAAAAAAUGUUCACAUUAAGAUGCUGGGUAAACUGUGAGCUUAAAAUAAGUCCAUAGUAACCCCCCUCCAUCCUUGUAUAAUAUAUCUUAAUUUCUACAGACACUUUGAUGUUUCAAGGUGUGUCUUGCUCUAAUGUUACAGGAGAGACCAGUUUUGGCUAAUUCUGGGCCGCCCAUGUUUUUUGGCAUAGUUUCCAAGGAUGCUUUAAAGUGAAUCUGUUUUGCCAGGUUUAACAUAAUUUAUAACGACUCUUAAAGCAAGUGUUAUGUAAUUUAUCAUAAAGAUAAAUUGUGCAUAGAAUUGCUUUAGAAGCUGUUGUAUGCAUAUCUGCUGUCCGAAUUCCAGUACCUCCGUGCUUGGCGCAUCCAUUAUUGUCACACUAUUUUAGCAUCCGUCCUCAAGAUAUGCCUUCCUGUUUUACUCUGUAAUAUUACUGUCUUGCCUGACAACACAUCCCCAAGCAAAACAAUCUUCCAUAAUGUAUUUAUUUCUAAAAUAUUUUACCAGGAAGGAUACAUUGAGAUUUCUUUCAUUUUAAGUAUACUGAUAUGCUGGCUUCAUUGCCUCCCUUACCUAUAUUCCAUCAGCAAGUGCAGGAAAUGCUCGUUGGUGGUAUAUCUGUGACAGAGAGCAUUACAACCACCUGCUAAAUGCAGUGAUGGUGAACCUAUGGCACGCAUGCCACAGCUGGCACGCCAAGCCCUCUCUGUGGGCACACAGCCAUAGGAUCACCCAGGACAGUCCUGCAUUUUAAGAGUCUGUCCUGGGUCCCGGGAACCCCCAUUCUGGGACAAUGAAGUGUCACGGAAUGAGCUGAGCUGCACCGCCGCUUCUGCAGUGGCAUAUCCAGGGGGGGCAACGGGGCAAUUAGUGCAGCUCCCAUAGGGGAACUACCUCAUCGGUCUGUGCUGCAGCCCUUUGGUAAACUGGGCCCCUUUUAAUGUUGCAGAGAGUGCUGGGAGGAAGUGACUGUUACUUCCUCCCAGCAUACAGACCGCGCGGGCUGACAGGACACUGAAGAAGCAACUGGAGGAGGAGGAGGCUGGAGAGAGAGCUUUGCAGCUUAUCCUUCAGACUCCCAUCAUCAUCACCCAGCCCCAGGAAUUAACCUCCCUGCAAACAAAAGGUAUGGGAGCAGAGGAUGGUUAACAAAUGUAAAUUGCAACUUGUGUGUUUUCCCAUGUGUAUGUUUAGGUAUGUGUGUAUCUGUGAGUGUCAGUGUUUCUCUGUGUCUGUGAGCACGUGUGUGUGGAUCUAUGUGUGUCUGUGUAUCUGUGAGCGGAUCUGUGUGUGUGUGUCUAAGUAGCCAGUUAAUGUUUGCAGAAAUACUGAAAAACGCACUGGCAGAUAUGUUUUUGCCAGUCUCAAGUAUACAUUUGAUGAAAUUUACUCAUGAAAGUGUAAACCUCAGAAUUAAGUUUAAUUGCCGUGUUGGCACUUUGAGGGAAAAAAAGUUGGUUUGUAUUGCGGUUUGGGCACUCGGGCUUAAAAAUGUUUGCCAUCACUGUGCUAGAGGGUUCUAAUGCUCUCUCUCCCUUGUCAUUUAGUGCUUGCCAAAUAGGCCCUUUCCCCCAGCAUAUCUGUGCUGAGAAUUGAUUGACCAGUGGGGGAUGGAUUGUAUGUCUAAAGUGCUGAAAUACAAAUUUAUAGGAUUUGCUAGUGUGUAUUAGUGACAUUUUCCGCCCUUUGAUUUAAACAUUACUAAUGUGUACCAUGACAGGUGCAUUUUAACCCCUUAUGGACCAAACUUCUGGAAUAAAAGGGAAUCAUGACGUGUCACACAUGUCAUGUGUCCUGACACAUGACAUGUGUGACACGUCAUGAUUCCCUUUUAUUCCAGAAGUUUGGUCCAUAAGGGGUUAAAAUGCACCUGUCAUGGUACACAUUAGUAAUGUUUAAAUCAAAGGGCGGAAAAUGUCACUUAUACACACUAGCAAAUCCUAUAAAUUUGUAUUUCAGCACUUUAGACAUACAAUCCAUCCCCCCCUUAAGGACACAUGACAUGUGUGACACGUCAUGAUUCCCUUUUAUUCCAGAAGUUUGGUCCUUAAGGGGUUAAACAGCCUAAGGGCUGUUUGGCACCAUGGGAACUGGAGUCCACAAAAAAAACUGCAUUCUUAAGGAUAGGCCAAUCAGAGGCGGACUCAUUUUUGCUAAUGAAAUAUAAAAUUAAUAUUUAAAGACCACAAAUAAAUAGACUAUAAUAGCUCCACUGCAUGAAAGUGACACAUACAUUUUUAAAUGCCACAGAAAAAAUGCAGGUAUAGAGCAGUCAACUGACAAUCUAGCUGAAAAUUCUUGGUUGAAUAAAAUAAUUUUUGGAACUCUGAUAAUUUGACCUACAUUUAAUUGUAGAUUUGCCACAAUAACAGGUUAGUUAAUAAACCCUUUAACAGAGGUGAGUAGUCCUUUCAGUGUAUCGACCCAGAGACAUCUGAUUGGGUGAUGAGCUGUGUAUGUAUUUGCAUGUUUUUCUUGAUAACAUUGUACCAGUAUACCAGGUGACUGCUGUUUGCACCAUCAAAUGAUCUCGGUAGCAUAGUUUGAUCUGAAUUAUAUGCAUAACAUUGGAAAGCCUCAGUAAUAAUUAUUGUAUAAAGCUUGCUGUAAAAAAAAAAAAAAAAACCCUAAAAAUGCCAAGGGAGAGAAGGCAUAUUUACCAUCUUUGCUGACCUAAAUUCCCAAACCACCCCUCCGUGCCAUUUUGCAGGCCGUUCAGAAAAGUCUUUACGGAACAUGCAUUUAAAAACUGAUCAGAUUACACUGGGUUCCUACCAGUGCAUCAGGCCAUUCUGGUUCAUUGUUAUAAGCCAAUCACAUUGAAUGAAACACCCCGACCUAUUCAUAGCAUUAAAUAACUUACAUGCGCUCUACAUUCUCCAAGUAUUGAUUUAAAGUAUUCUUCACCAUUGUCAACAUAAGUCAAGGUUACCUUGUGAUCUCCUUACACGGCACAUUAUUAAUCAUGAUAAAUAGAUACUAAACAGCAUUAGACUUUAUUCUUCCACCCGCCAAAUAACUCCGGGACUGUCUAUUCUCCUCUAAUUUCUGUUUCCUUCUCUUACAGCCGUGUUGUUUUGCCGAUAUCUGUAGAAGAGGUAAGAAUGUAUUUAUUUUUAACACUUUAAAUCACAGCUGGCAUCUGAAAGAUCUCUCAAAUUAUUUCUUAGCUUCUCUGGAAAUGUCACCAUUUAAUAAAACAUUGGAAAUCAUCUAUAACUUGUCUAAACUUAUUUUUGUGUAAUGUUUCAUUUUAAGUUUAUAAUAAAGAUAUUUGUAAUUGACAUCAAAAUCCAUCUCCGUCUUGGCAUACCCAGGGUAGACGUUGUACAUUUGUUUUUACUCCCCUCUCUAUGCUGGUUGAUGGGUGCAAAGGCAUGUGGGUUUUUUUGUUGUGUUUUUGUUUUUGUUUAGUCUGCAUGGAUAUGCAAUUCCAAUAUAUAAAUAAAUACAGCACUGUGGAUUUCUACAUUUUUAUUUUUCAGACAUAUUUGUUAAAUAUAGAGUAAACCUAUUAAUCAAUAUUUUGGGUAAUGAUGGUUCCCCUUUUAUAGUUUAGGGUGGAACCUCUAGGAUUUGAAGAAUUCAUGGCUGUGUUCUAUGACUCAGACCUUACAUAGAUGACUAAAACCACACAUUAUGAUGCAAGUACACUUUAUGGCAGGAGAUCUGUUUUAUUAAAUAGUGAGUAACUCUGACUUAACUGACGUGGAUAUAUAACUCAGUCGGAAGGAAUUUCUAGUUUCAAACAAGGUGGAUACAUUUUUUUUUUUUUUUUCUUCAAGUUUGCCUUUUUUUUGGCAAGAUGUUUGCAGCUGGCCACUGUUCUGUAAAUACAUGCUUUAUAGUUCCAGGUAAGUGAGAAGGUGGACAGCUGAUGUUUACAUCUCCUUCUUAAAGUCCAGUUUUGUAUCAAAACCGGUGUUUUAAGUUUUUAUAAUAAGGGCCUGAUUAACUCAAGCAUGAAGUGCGCAGGGCAAUUGUUCAAGCAUAAUGUAAAUCAUUGAUCAACUGCAUGUUGUCAUAGAUACAGCAUGUUAAGCCAGUCAGUUGUCCAAACACCACAUUGGUAAUUAAAACGGUCUUGGAUACUGGCGUUGCUGAUAUCUGUCUCAGCGCUUCCCUCCCUCUUCCAGUCACGUGUGGUGUUCCUCAUGGCUCCAUACUCUGCCCCCUGCUAUUCACAUUAUUUAUAAAUGAUCUGCCAAACGUGUGCAAAUCCUCAACUAUAUACAUGUAUGCAGACGACACUAAUCUACGUUAGUAAACCCAAGCUGCCGCAGCUUGAGGCUGUGCUCCAAAACCAAUUCAGAGGUAGAAAAGUGGAUAGCGGAUAACAAACUUUUCCUAAACACUGACAAAACUGUUAAAAUUAUCUUUGGAACUGUACCUAAAUUACGUAAACUAUAAAAUCAACAAUUGUGUAUCAGAACAAAUUCAAAUAGCACACUGACAGCAGUCUGCUCUUAUAAAUAUCUAGGUAUGUUGCUAGACCCCAAUCUAUCCUUUGGCCUUCACAUUGAAAAAAUCUCUUCAAAACUAGGUGCCCGACAGAAACAAAUCCUGCCUAAGCCCUACAGUAUGGAAACCAUGCAAAAAUGCUAAUGCCGGUCAUUGAUUAUGGGGAUGUAGUGUAUGUACCCACACCGCAAACCCACCUUAAUAAACUUAAUACGUUAUAUAAUUUGUUCUGCCACUUUGUACUAGAAUGUAAUUACUCUACCCACCACUGUGACAUGUUAAAAGAGCUAAACUGGCUGUCGCUGGAAUCCCGACACACUCUUCAUUUUUCCAGCCUUGUGCAUAAGAGCAUUUCUGGGAAGCUCUCACCCUACCUGAGUAGAAUGCUCUCCCCGGCUGUUCCCACCUCCUAUAACCUCCGAUACAGUACUAGCACAAUAUUUAGCAUACCACAAUACAAAAAUAAAGUGACUCGAUCCUUCUUUUCCUACAGAGCACCGCAAUUAUGGAAUAACCUCAGGGACACAGUCAAAUCUUCAUUAAAUCUAAAAUCUUUUAAGAGAUCUAUAACGAUAUACCUUGGUACAGAACGCACCUGUCAUGGUUGAAUAUAUGUAUUACCUGUUAUAUAUUAAAUUUAUAUAUGUGUAUGUGUGUGUGUGUGUGUAUAUAUAUGUGUGUGUGUAUAUAUAUAUAUAUAUAUAUAUAUAUAUAUAUAUAUAUAUAUAUAUAUAUAUAUAUAUAUAUAUAUAUAUAUAUAUUUUGUAUAUUGUAUCCUAUUAUAACAAUGCAAUGUUUUGUGGACACAGGACAUAUUUGAAAACAAGAGAAAUCUCAAUGUAUCCAUCCUGGUAAAAUAUUUUAUAAAUAAUAGAAGGUCCUUCUGCUCUCCCAAGCAUAGCAACCACAGUGCAUGCGCUGCGGUUGAUAUAAAAAAAAAAAAACCUCCCUAGCCACGCUUGUAAUGCUGGCUAGAGAGUAUGGGAACAGAGUGACUGAGGUCACUUCAUUAAGAUUCCAGGGUUCUAUUAAAUUUCUCUACCCCCGUCACCUGUGGUGACGUGACCGCACCGGAAGUGAGGCACGAAUCAGCUAGAGGUAGACUUACCCGUCUACUGUACUCUUGCUCAUGCACGGGAGUAGAGUGUUGAGGUCUAUGGGGCAUCCAACGAGACCACCGGAUCCUCCAUACACCCAGCCAAUUCCCUACAGCUGUCGCGGGUGAUCGCUGCAGCCAGGGAUUGACACUUAGGCUCUGCCUUGUGUCACAGUAAGUAAGGCGGAGGAGAAAUAGAGAGAGAGAAUGUAGUCUCUACUUUGUCUCUGUUUAUCUCUUGAAUGGGUUGAAAUUUCAGUGAAAUUCCAACACCGUCAUAAUGACUAUAUCAUAAUUCUAUUUUGGAGGGGGGUGACAGUGUCACUUUAAAUGAAAUAAAUUUGUAUGUAGUGCAACCUUUCAUUGUUUGACUCAUAGUAAAUACUUACUAGAGCUGAUUUGAAUCUUCCCUCCAGCUUUUACUUUGUUGACCCAGUGAUUCAUUCAAAGCCGCAGAGUCCAAAGGACAAUAUAGCAAUCGACCUAUAUACUCUAGAAUUAGAAUUCCUUUUCUUGGUGUUUCAUUGUUCCCACUAAUUAGUGCAGUUUUCCAGAGCUUUUGCUAACACUAUGAAAGAGAGUCCAAUUAUAUCAGUCAGUAUAAUGUAAAACAUUGUACUGUAGCUGAUCAGUCCUGCAAAGCCUCGGGCCUGCCCAGAAACUCCAUAACAUUGCAGAAUAAUCUUAAUUCCUUGGUAUUUAAAAAAAAAAAAAGUUACAAUCCCUGAUAAAUGACCAAACCAACGAAAAACGGAGCUGCAAUCAUCGUGUGUUCGGUCUUUCUUACUGUCUUUUUACUCUGCUUUACAACGUUACUUUUUUAAAUUCUACCUGUGUUUUCCUGAUGUUUGUCUCGUACUGUUCAGGGCUGGGUCAAACCAUUUGUUACAACUUACAAAACGCAUCAUGUAAUGUGCUGUAAAAACCAGCUGUGCUCGCUAGUUGUGCAGCAUAUAAUUUUGUGUUCUUUUUCCCCCCCCUUUAAGUAAAUAAUCAAUAAUAAUAAUUAAAUGUAUUUUAAAAAAAGGGAAACAAAAAACAUUCAGAAUCCGUAAACAAUCAUCUCAUUCUGUGUAUAACAUCAGUUGUUUCUCUGGUUAGAAGUAAAGACAUUGCAGGACAUACUGAUGCACAAGUAAACCACAAAUACGGCUGAUCGUAUGUAUACUGGCCCCAAGGCGCCAAAACAAUACACCAGAUGUAUUCUGCAGUCACAAAAUAACAACAAAGUAUUUAACCAGGAAAGGUACAUUCAUAUAUUAUCUGGUUUCAAAGUACAUCCUGGUAGUGUUACUUUUUGCCCAAGUCCAGGGAUGUUACUAUUACCCAAUUUAUUGGUCCUCUUUUUAUCUAUCUGAGAAGGAUGAAGGGGGCUGACUGUACCCUGCCGGGAAUUGAACCUGCAACACUCAAGGGUUGAACAGAUUCUACUGAUGAUGCAUUAGCCCACUGAACUAUCUCAUAAACUUAAAUGAAAACAUAUAUACUAUUAUCAAUUUCCUGUUCGUAGCUGUCCUGUGGCUGAGGUGAAGCAGUGUUGCUGCUAUUAUGUUUUUAUUUAUUUAGAUUUUUGCUUGUUUUACGUUUUGUCAUUAUCUGUGCUGCCAACCUUAACACUUAUUUGUCCUUUUAAUCUAUCACUCUUUUGUUGGUAUUUUAUAUAUACUUUUUUACCUGUUUUUUGAGUCAUUACCGUUUUAAACAUGUAGCUCUGCAUGAUCUUAUUUUGGGAGUCUAUCUUUCUAGACAUCUCUAGGCCUGUGCUUCAGCCUCGCAUUUCACUUCUAUACUCCAUAAGUGCAGUAUCCUACACAAAUGUGUGAUUGGAAGAUUUGAGGUUUUAACACUGUGUUAAAGGGAGGACCCUAUAGUGCCCCUCUCCCUCCCACCCCCCAUCCCAAGUUUCUGAAGGGGUUAAAACCUCUUCAGUGACUUACCGGAGUCCAGCGCUGAUGUCCCUCUGGCUGGGUCAGGAUCCGCCUACUCUCCUCACCCGCCAUCAGCCGGCGGGGGAGACCUAAUGCGCAUGUUCGGCAAUUGCCGCUGGAGGUCCUCACAUAGCGUGAGGAGGUCCAGCAUUGUUUAAAGCACUUUUCGUGUUCUAAGAAGGACUUAACCCUGCAAGGUAAUUAUUGCAGUUUAUCAAAACUGCAAUAAUUACACUUGCAGGGUUAAGGGUGGUGGGAGUUGGCACCCAGACCACUCCAAUGGGCACAAGUGAUCUGGGUGCCUGGAGUGUCCCUUUAAGAAUACUGGUAGAUUCAUGAUUACAAUUCUACUAGACAGACGCUACAUUAAACCUUCCUAUGUGUAUUCUACAGCUUUGGGAAAAAAAAUAUUAGGUGCCCUUUACCUCUUGGGGAAUGUAAAUAAUAUAGAUACCCAUGAUUUUUCUUCAUACCAUAGUGAAUCAAAUCAUCAUCUACUUUGAGAUAUUUCCACUUUCUUUGCAGUAUUUCUCCAAAAAAUGCAGGUAGUGAACUCAAGAAAUUAAAUAAGUCUAGCUAUUCUGGAUCUAACUAAACACAGGUUUCUAGUUCCUCUCUUUGGGCACUGGAGGAAAUUACUGUAAAGUGUUUUGUUGUUGUUGUUGUUGUUGUCAUAAUAGGUUGUGGCCCGCACUUAAAGGGACACUAGAGUCACCCAGACCACUUCAGCUCAAUGAAGUGGUCUGGGUGCGUUGUCCCUCAGGUUUUAACCCUUCAGAUGCAAACAUAGCUACUAUGUUUGUUUACAUUUGGGGUUAAUCCAGCCUCUAGUGGCUGUCUUCCGGACAGCCACUAGAGGCGCAUCUGCCACGCUGGAGGCAUAUUAUUCCUCCAUCGCGCAGAGCGUCCAUAGGAAAGCAUUGAGAAAUGCUUUCCCAUGAACACUUUGAAUCCACGUGCGGCACUUGCCCCACAUGCGCAUUCGGCUCAGCUGACGUCGGCGGGGGAGGAGAGGUCACCAGCACCGAGGGAGUCCGGCCCUGGAAUAAGGUAAGCUGCUAAAGGGGUUUUAACCGCUUUGUUUUCCUGACACUAUAGUGAUCCUUUAAUAGAACUCUGUGCCCAUAUGUCAGGAUGGUUGCCUGGCAGCACCCAGUCUUUGAAGUCUUUCUUUGCCAUCUUCCCUUCAUCCCACAUUCAUCCUUUUCCAUAUUUUCUUUACAGUGCUGCUGUUUCUUUCCAAUAGUUUCUCUGUUACAAUUGUUCAAGAAAUAUAUUACAAUAACCAGCAGAUUGUACUUUGUCCUUUUAAUGAUCUGUGACAACCAUUAGUAAUCCCUGGGAAUCUUAGAUAAGAGUUAACUAUUAGGUGACUGUGUAAAAGGCAUGUUCACCAGAACACUUGUCAACCUGUGCUACGAUAUUUAGCAUUCUGUUAAAGCACCAUAAAUGCAUUCAAUAAAGAUACAUCACAAACAUGUUUUUUCCAUGUGAACAUUUUGUUCACUAUAAUUUUUCUUUUUAUAGUGAAAACUUGCCCCUGUAUGUUUAUUUCAGUGUUAAAAGUAGGAAUUGGCAAAGCUUAAUACAAAAUGCCUAAUCUCACGUCUACUUUAAUGUUUUGUUAUGGUUUUAUGUAUUUUUUUAUUUUUUUUAAUUUAUUUUUUAUUUUUUUAAACUGAAUCUGCAAUUUUACAGGAAUUGGUGACUUCUUUGUUUCCUGCUGUGUUCUCGGCAUGUAGUCAAGAUACUGAACAUCAACACCAAGGCUGACUAAGUCUCUAGCAAAGCCUCACUUACAUAGCAUAAAUGUUUAACAGGCAUAACUGCAGAUCUGCUAAACAUGUUGUUGCCUUGUUGGUCUAUAUUAAAGGGACAUUAUAGGCAUCCAGAUCACCUCAUUUCAUUGAAGUGGUCUGGGUGCAAUGUACCUGUCCCCUUAGGCCUCAGAGAAACUGUUAUGUUUAUAGUUCAGACUAAGGCUGUCUAUUGUGGCCUUUUUUCAGAUCGCCACUAGAGGCCCUUCCUGCAUCUACACAGAGUUUAAAUCCGUGAAAGGAAGCUGGACGACCUCAUGCUGUGUAUGUGUGGUGUGAUAGGGACUGUAGCUUUGGGGGCAAUAAAGGCUGUAGAUGUGGGAAUGGAAAUAAUGUCUGUCAUAUAAGGGGUAUAUGGGUUGUAGUGUUUGGAAACAAAGGCUGAGAAGCAAUUAUACAAAUAUAUUUUUUAUAAAACCAAAAACAAAAAAAAACCCAACUCAAGAUGUAUUUCCCCCUCACUAUGACUUACCUUGACCGUGUACACUCAACAGGUGCAGACAACUACGUCAUGCUGGUGCUGGAGAUAGUAUCAGAGCUUUUAUUUAUUAACCUCUGAUACAGACGCCACAGUAGUUCAAUCCCCUAUGCACUAGUGUGGGUUGGCUCUGAAGACCCUUCUCUAAGCCGGCACUCGGGUAGCGCUGACACUGCAGAAGCCUUUUGGAGAGAUCCUCUUGCGGCCCACCAGUCUUUCACUUGGUUUGCCCUAUAGCCAGUCUGGGCCUGGUUGUGAUUGACAGUUGAGGAGGUGUAACAACGCUCCUUCAUAAAAGUGCCAAUUUCUAUUGAAAUCUGCAAUUUUAUAAAAUAGAGAGGGAGGGGGUUAGACAUUCUUUAGUGAACUGAAGUGCUUAUGGCCUGUUCUUUUAAAGGAUUACUUAAACACUUUAAAAUUACUUAAAAUUACUUACAGGAUUACUUAAACACUUUAAAAUUUAUAUAAAAUAAUAAAAUAUUGGGCAUUAUUAUUAUUUAGGUCCUUUUGCUUCCCUAUCUCUAGAAAAUAAAAAAAUUGAGUGCCAGGCGAGGCUUCCAACUUGGCUUUCCCCCAUGAUGUCACAGCAGCCGCGAGCUGUCCAUUCAAGGGCUUCUCAUAGAGAAGACUGUGAUUGAACCAUUUAACCGGUUUAGAGCUAAUUUGCGCACUCUGAGCCCUCAAGGGGAGGAAAAUGUUAGAAAAAAUAAAUGCGUUGAUUUGGAGGCGGUGAGGGCUGCAUGAAAGGAGGGAGGGAGGAGAUAUCGAAGCUUUCCCUUAAAGGCUGUGCCUGCAAGGGCAAUCUCAAUACGUUCGUUGCCAGCAUGCGGUGUGCUCGGACAACAGAUACAUUUUAUGCACAGAAUCUAUUUCUGGCUGCCAAAGUCACAUAUGCCAGGAGUGCAACUAGUCCCCAGCACACAAGUGCUAGUAUUUCAGCAUGUUCAGUGUUUCAAACUGAAACAGUGCACAUACUGACUCCUACCACCAUGACCACUUCAAAUCACUGAAGUGGUCAUAGUGGUUGGAGUAACCUUUUAAGUAAGAAAACACACCUUUUAAAAACAUGAGUGUCUGCAGCAUAGGGCCAGAGAUGGAAAGUCCUCCCCCAAAACUGCCCUUACUAUUGAUUAAAUGGUGGCCAAGAGUGCCUACACAGUUUAACCAUGUGGAUGUUACUGCCUCUAAGAAUUCAUAAAUUGUGAACAAAACUGCAUGCAUUUUGUCAUGGUGAAAAAACUACCACUCUGAUUAUAACUCCCCCAAAAUAAAAUCUAGUUACUCCGAACCUUAAGUUGCUCUGUCGCUUUCUGGAAUCUUUGCAUACUUUGCAGAGACCCCUGAUGGUGACUCUGCCACUUGCUGAGUUUUACUUAUCUGAGCCUGUCCUUCCCGUCCACUGCCACCUCGUUCCGUAGGAGCCUCUACAGCUCCUGGAGCUUAAUCUGCUAGGAGCUGACUUUUGUGCAUUACUCUUGCUCAUUCACAAGAGUACAACACUGUCUGUGGAGGAUCCAGCGAGAACCUCUAUAGACUAAGCCUCUUUACCGACUGGGGGCUUGAGAAAGCCUGACCGCUCCUUUUUUUUUUUUUUUGUUUUUUUUUUUUAUCUAUUUUUUUCCCCCCCCUUCAAGCAUUGACAAAAUACAUAAAACAAAGUGUCCCGUUCACUUUUAGUGUAAUCCGGCUUCAGUUUUGAAUGGAAUUCCAACAGUCUUUAUGAGCCUUUCAUAAAGAUGUUAUCUUUAUGAAAUACUCAUUGGGGAGAGGACAGACCAGGUGUAAAUGUUACUCUUCCUAUGGUCAUGUACUAAGUGUUGCGAAACUCCAAAAAUUACAAUGAUUUCAUAUUUUCUUCCAAUUCCCUCAUUCCUCAUUAUCUUAUCUCACUUCCUGCAAUCCGUGGAACCUUCCCUUUAUCUCUGUAGGAUGGUUUAUAACCGGAGGGAAAUUGUGUGUGACAUGAUCCAUCCUAUAAUAAUGUAAAUUUAUGAAAAUGUAUUGUUCGCCUUGUUCUGUCUUUUUGUAAGUUCCCUAUUAUCUAUAUAUGUUAUUGUGCACGUGUAAAUGUUCUGAAAAGUGCACGGAGAGAUUAUUGCCUCUUCAGACGCGAUUGACAGCUGCUGCUGACUAUAGAAAAUGUGUGUAACCAUUUUAUCCUGUGAAAUGCUAGGCAGUGAAACUGUUAAAUUUACAUUAGAGGCUUUCCAAGUACCAAAUACACCUUUACUUCUUAUGUAAGUUAAAAGGACGCACCAUAACCACAGCUGUCUUCUGUAGUGAUUAUGGUGUCAGGAGUGCCUUGGUAAUGGUAUCAGGAGUACCACAGCCACACCAUUUUAGCAAGAAAAUCCUUGUAGGAUGGCACUCAUAAGAUGCUCUAUACCAGAAUUAGACAACCUUCAUAACCCUGGAUAUUGUGGACUACAUCUCCCACAAUGCUUUUUCAGCCGUAAUGCUGGCAAAGCUUCACUGAAACAUAGGAUGUGACGGCAGAUAAGAACCAUUCGGCCCAUCUAGUCUGCCCAAUUUUCUAAAUACUUUCAUUAGUCCCUGGCCUUAUCUUAUAGUUAGGAUAGCCUUAUGCCUAUCCCACGCAUGCUUAAACUCCUUUACUGUGUUAUCCUCUACCACUUCAGCUGGAAGGCUAUUCCAUGCAUCCACUACCCUCUCUGUAAAGUAAUACUUCCUGAUAUUUUUAAACCUUUGCCCCUCUGAUUUAAGACUAUGUCCUCUUGUUGUGGUAGUUUUUCUUCUUUUAAAUAUGGUCUCCUCCUUUACUGUGUUGAUUCCCUUUAUGUAUUUAAAUGUUUCUAUCAUAUCCCCCGUCUCAUCUUUCCUCCAAGCUAUACAUGUUAAGAUCCUUUAACCUUUCCUGGUAAGUUUUAUCCUGCAGUCCAUGAACCAGUUUAGUAGCCCUUCUCUGAACUCUGUCUAAAGUAUCAAUAUCCCUCUGAAGAUACGGCUCCAGUACUGCGUACAAUACUCCAAGUGAGGUCUCACCAGUGUUCUGUACAAUUGCAUGAGCACUUCCCUCUUUCUACUGCUAAUACCUCUCCCUAUACAACCAAGCAUUCUGCUAGCAUUUCCUGCUGCUCUAUUACAUUGUCUGCCUACCUUUAAAGGGAUACUCUAGUCACCCAGACCACUUCAGCUCAAUGAGAAAUGCUUUCCUAUGGACACUUUGAAUGUGCGCGCAGCACUUGCCGCGCAUGCACAUUCGACAUCGCUGACGUCGGCCGGGGAGGAGAGGUCACCGGCGCUGGAUUAAGCCAAGUGGCUGAAGGGGUUUAGUGUCAGGAAAACCGCUUUGUUUUCCUGACACCAUAGUGAUCCUUUAAAGGACCACUAUAGUGCCAGGAAGACAUACUCCCGCCCGGCUCUGGAAAGGGGAAAAGGGGUAAAACUUACCUUUUUCCAGCGCUGGGCGGGGAGCUCUCCUCCUCCGAUCCUCCUCCGUUCCUCCCCGUCGGCUGAAUGCGCACGCGCGGCAAGAGCUGCGCGCGCAUUCAGCCGGUUGCAUAGGAAAGCAUUAUCAAUGCUUUCCUAUGGACGCUGGCGUGCUCUCACUGUGAAAAUCACAGUGAGAAGCACGCAAGUGCCUCUAGCGCCUGUCAAUGAGACAGCCACUAGAGGCUUUGGGGGAAGGCUUAACCCAUUCAUAAAAAUAGCAGUUUCUCUGAAACUGCUAUGUUUAUAAAAGAAUGGGUUAUCCCUAGCUGGACCUGGCACCCAGACCACUUCAUUAAGCUGAUGAAGAUAUUGAGGUUAGGACUUUAUCAAAAUAUUCUGUACUCUGCCUUUGGGUUUUUACGUCAAAGAUGCAUUAUCUUGCACUUAUCCACAUUAAAUUUAAUUUGCCACAGCUCUGAUAGUUAUUCUAAUUUAGUCCACAACAUCUGCGGUGCUGAAGGAUGCUACCCUGCUCUAAGCCAUUGAUGGUUGUCCUGAAGUUGUGAAACCGUUUUAGUAUGAUUCUUACAGAGCCAGGGCACGCCUGCCACCAUAACCACUGUAGGUUCCAACUAAAAAACAUAGCCCGCAUUCGCCCCUUUCUUACGCAAGAUGCUACCAAGGAGCUUGUCCAUGCUCUAGUAAUUUCCCGCAUGGAUUACUGUAACCCUCUCCUGAUUGGUCUCCCCAAAAGCCGUAUUGCCCCGCUACAGUCUGUAAUGAAUGCUGCAGCUAGACUGAUUUUCCUCUCUAGUCGGUCCUCUCACACCUCACCCCUCUGCCGGUCCUUACAUUGGCUCCCUGUAUGCUAUAGGAGUCAAUUCAAAGUGCUAACCCAUACAUUUAAAGCACUGAACAGUUCUAGCCCCGCUUAUAUCUCUUCACUGAUCCAUAAAUAUGCCCCUCCACGUACCCUCCGCUCUGCCCGUGACCACCUCCUGACCGCUGCUCGCACCCGUACGGCCAACUCGCGCUUGCAGGACCUCUCGCGGGCGGCUCCUCUCCUAUGGAAUAGCUUGCCUACUGCCAUCAGACUCUCCCCUAGUCUUCAAUCAUUUAAGAAGGGCCUUAAAACCCAUCUCUUCAGGAAAGCUUAUGGCCUCCCAGAGUAAUCUCUACCUUACAUACCUGUCUCCUGCUCUCUCCUAUGGGACAGUGCUUUGCUCUCUCCUCCAGCUCUGCUUCACUCCUACUUGAUAUUUAUUGUCCUAAUGUUUCAAAUACCCCACCUCCAAUAGUCUGUAAGCUCGUUUGAGCAGGGUCCUCUUCAACCUAUUGUUCCUGUAAGUUUUCUUGUAAUUGUCCUAUUUAUUGUUACACCCCCCCCUCUCAAAAUAUUGUAAAGCGCUACGGAAUCCGUUGGCGCUAUAUAAAUGGCAAUAAUAAUAAUAAUAAUAAUAAUCCUAAUGUGUCUUGGUAGGAAACUAGUUUCUUUCCCAUAUUUGUUUUAUUUUUUUUAUUUCCUCCCCAUUUUCUUUGUGUACAUUUUAGAGAAGUGAAACUGCAUUACAGAACAAAACCAGUUUAAGAGGAAACACAUUGCAGAUUACGUUAAAAAGGUGAAUAUAGUGCAAACAGACCUAAACGAACCCAUGUUACAGUGCCAUUUUUGGGCUGCUUGACAUUGGGGUAGCUUUGUGCAGAGUGAGCGUGAAUAUUUUUGUUUACAAUUGUGUAAAUGGAAGUUCUUUUCAUACUGUUCGGUUAUUUUAUAUGCUCAUAUGUAAGCAGAUUAAUAAAUGUACUGUAUUGUGCCUCGGAUAUUGAUUCUAAAAUGUUAAACCCUUUAAUAAAAAGAGGAUCUUCCUCCUUAUCCUACAGUUUAGAUUUUACCGUACUUGAUAAACUGUAUAGUAUUUGUUUUUACUUUUUUCCUAAUAUAUACUUAUCAGAACAAAUAUGUAAAUAUUUGAAAGAUAUCUUAUCUGUGUUCCAGUUAGCAUAUUAAGCAUUUCUUAGAACACUCACAAGAUCUAUUUGUAGAUCAUGUUAACAUAUGUUUGCUUUUUCUUCAACUCUUGUCAAAUAGAUUAAUAAGAAUUUUAGCAAACUGGUGUAUUUUUGUAGGGCAUUCGUCUACAUUGAGUUAAAAGGUUCCACAGUGGAAUACUGGGAGCAAAUCAAGAAAAUACAUUUGGCUUGGCCCAUCACCAAAUAUUCUGCUUUUUUUAUUAGUGUACUUUUCUUUUAUCUUGACUGAAAGCUUGAGGAUCUCGAUGGUGCUGUGGAAUGGCCACCUUAAAAAGACACUGUAAGCAUUCUAGGUGUGUAGACAGUAGUGGUUAUGGUGCUUGGAGUGUUCAAUUUUAAACAACUCUUGGAUUAUUCUAAUUGUAAGAAUUCUCUGAGUACAGUCCCUUUUUUGUUUCAUGGUUUGGCAAAAAUCAUGGAUUCUUGGCACCAUAAGCCCAAAGUUAAUCUGUCUCAUUAUUUCUCCAAUAUAUUUGUAUGAGCAGUCCGAAACUGGCCAUACCAAAUAACAAAUCCUAUUUUCUUUACUCCCUACUUUAUUUUAUCAUAAAUGCAACAGGUUUGAUUCAAAACAGAUUUUGUUGUCAUACAGCAUUUAAACAGUGAUCUCUUAUUAAAUGACCAUUUUGAUAUUAUACCAACAGUUUUAAUCCUUGAGACCAUUACAGUCUGUGUUGGCCCAUCCAUUGGGGCACUUAAGGCAGAACCUCUUUAUAUAACCUGGAAUGCUUUGCAUAAACCUAGUGUGCCUUUUUUAUUUUUACUUUUAAUUUUGUUAGGUUUUGUUUCAAAGGUAGUGGUAGUUUUAAAACUGUUGUUGAUAUACUGUUUUUCUUUUUAAUGCAAAUAAAUGUACUUGUUACUAGGCUUUUCAGUACACCUGUACAGAUUAUGAAUUUUAAAAAGUUCUCUGUGGGUGAAUGAACAAGAUGCAGACUGGAGAUGACUCCCUAUUUCCCAUUUUGGCUCUUUAUGAUCUGUUCUUACCUUUUUAAUUUUUCUGCUCGCACUGUGAUUACCCAACAUAUUUACCCUCCUAUCCCAAGAUUGCUGUCUUUUCCACUCUUGCUGAAACACAUGGACCACCUUGAGGACUCUGUCAUUUUAUUACUCAUGUGAUUUUUGGAUGCAGUUAGAGAGUAUGUUGAUACCCCCAGCAACCAAUGUGGGUUGACAGUUUUCCUCUGAAGUGCAAAGGCAGAGACCCUAAACCCUGCUUGCUUGAUGACCAUUGUCUGGGCAGUAUUCACUGAGUUUCUAUGUGCAGCAGAUGACCGGGGACAUUCCUGGAGGGUUACAAGGGGCAAGUUUCAAUGACAUGGUAGAAGGACGCAUGUCAAGCCAUGGGAGUCCACAAGGCUACCUUCUGGUUCUGCUACUGGGAGAGACUUUGAUGCCAGGAAGUCUUGCCAGUGAAGCACAAUGUUACAGGCUUCAAGAACUGGUUGGUGACCGUUCCUGGCUCUUUACAGUUUUUGUCCUUCGCGCUAUGAGAAGUCUAGGGUUCAAUAGUUAUUUACUCCUGCAGUAUUUGUCUUGCUUUUAUCAAUGAGUCUGCUAGCUCACUGGGCCACUACGUUGUCUUGUAUAGCAGAGCUGUGUUUAUUUCUUUAUUUUUCUUCCAGUUUACUCUUUAUUUUAGCGGUUUGUUCCGGUGAGUUUAAUUUUCUAUCAAUUUAGUCGUUGUGUCUAUGAGCCUAUAUGCUUAUACUUGCCUUCUUUCCAUAAUUUUAUAACACUGAGGCAUAAUUGGUUUUGUCUGCAAAUUAAUGUACCCAUGGCAUAAUGUUUUCUUUCUUACUUCAUAUUUGCCUUGUCUCAUGAAAUGUUCUCAAUGCCUAGGCUGCUGGCUGGCUGGGGAGAAAAUAUUGUGUAACUUGAAACUAUACAAAGUGACUUCUAAAAUAUCAAAUAUAUAUGAUAUAUAAUCUAUAUCUUGAUAUUUUAGAAGUCACUUUGUAUAGUUAUAUAUAUAUAUAUAGUGUGUGUGUGUGUGUGUGUAUAUAUGUAUAUGUGUGUGUGUGUAUUUCUUCUGUAGCCAACAAGUUAUUUUUAGUGUCCUUGCUCUCUGGGAUGUUGAAUUCAAGAGAGUUUGUUGUAGCCUUGAAUACUUUCACCCUGGCUGCCUUCUUUAUUUGUGUACCAGAGAUAGUCAGAGGCUGUCUGGGAGACAGGCACUAGAGGCUGGAUUAACCCUGCAGUGUAAAUAUAGCAGUUUCCCUGAAACUGCUAUGUUUUCAGCUGCAGGGUUAAAACUAGGGGACCUGGUACCCAGAUCACUUCAUUAAGCUGAAGUGGUCUGGGUGCCUAUAGUGGUCUUUUAAGCGCCUCUAGUAGCUGCUCUUGGCCAAGUGACGUUUUGGGGGGGGGGGGAGGGGGGACUGUAUUUGUAUAAACAAACCACUACAGUAAUAUAUUGUGGUUUUGGUGCUUAGUGUCUCUCUUUAAGACCUCUGAGUUAAAAAAAAAAAAAAAAAGCGAAUACAAAGAGGGGUACAGAUGUUGAAUUACAGGUAAGUUACACAGUUGUUUUUUUUUGUGUGUUUAAAAAAAAAAAUGUUUAACAGUUGUGGAGACUAAAAAAAUAACACUCCUACAUUAAAAAUACAUUUUGUGUAUUAAUUCAUUUAAAGGGUCAUUGUAGUCACCAGAACAACUACAGCUUAAUAUAGUGGUUCUGGUGUCUAUAGCAUGUUCCUGCAGGCUUUUCAAUGUAAACGCUGCCAUUUCAGAGAUUUUUGAAAACCAAAAUGCAAACCCAUGUGAACAUUGCAGGGUUGGGGACAUUUUCCCAAGUUACCACUUGUGUCUAAAUUUAGCAAUAUGUUUUUCAGCUCGAUUCUGCGUUUUUCAUAUAGAGCUGUUCCGUAAACGUAGGUGCCUACUUGAUGUGAAUGUGGUUUAACUUACAAGUAGGCAAGUGUUAGAAUAUAUAACGUAGUAAAGACAUUGAAAGCGACACAUAUUUACAGAUUUUCAUUUGACUAAUAAAAGCAGCAUCUUUUGCGUGAUGAUGGGUUUUUAAUUAGACUUUCAGUUGACUAAUCUCUCACUUGUUAUAAUGAAUCUUAACGUGGUUUCCAACUUUUAAUGUUCUGAUUAAUCACAUUAAUUACUAAUGUCCUUUUUAUUGUGUUGCAAGGUAUCAUAAUAUUUCCGUUUCUAAUGGCGACAAUCUGCACAGCUUGUGCUGAUCUCUACCGGUAGAUCAUUACUUUUUAUUUGUAUAAAGCUGAAUAUGAGUACACAAUAUUAAAGGUACAAUCCCCAGCUAAGGAUGUAUGCAGAUCUAGAUGGUCAAUUCUGAUGAAGCCCUGAGAGGAGAAACACGUUAAGUGUCGUCCCUAGCAUUUAUUGGACAUUAAUGUUUUUGAUUUUAUAAAGUAUUUUAAUUUAUAUAAUAAAGGUAAACAUUUUUUAUGCUGUUUAGAUUUACCAAAUACUGUAAUUCACCCCCUACCUGCUUCCUGGAUAUCUUUAAUAUCCCACGGUGGGGUUAUACCACCUAAGACUCAUUACACUAGAGCAAGUCCUGCUCUAGAAAGUGUAAGUACAUUUCUAUUUACUCAUUUCACUUAUAUGUACAAAUUGCACCACUGUAGUAGUUUUUUGCUUCUGUGUUCUAUAUUAUACAAGCAACCUCAUAUUUAGAGCACCUCUGCCAUAUAGAUCUGCAUACAUCCUUAGAAGAUACUUGUACCAUCCGUGCAUAAUAUAGCAGAGCUCUUAGUUAGCCCUAGAAAACUUGAGUGGAGUACCUACACGAGCCUGCCUAGAGUUGCACUUUAUUCAUUGCACUAAUAUUUGUUUCUGUUCUCUUUUUGAGGCUACUAUUAACCUAAACAUCCUAAUAAGUUAUUAAUCUCAAAACAUCCUGAAAGGUAUAUAAUCUGUAAAUAUUACACAUAGACGUUUUUGGUGUGUGGUGUUUUGUUGUUUGUUUUUUCUAAGGAAGUUUAAAAGUUAGAUCUCUCUUUACAGGAAGACUGUAGGUCACACGUAGGGGAGGUGUGACUAUGGCUGCUUAAUCAAAGGGAUUUAACUCCUAAAUGGCAAGAAGCAGAGAAUUGCACAUUGAGACUGCAAGGGCUUGAUCCAUACACCAAAAGCACUUAAUUACGCUGAAGUUGUUUUGGUGCAUAGAGUAUCCCUUUAAGAACACCAAUGAGGCACAGUUUGUCAUUUUGCCAGUUGUUAGGUGACCCACCUCCACCCGCAGAUUGUCAUUUUACUUGCCUCUUCUCCCUCACCGCACCAGACUCUACGUAGAAACUCUGCAGGAAAGCUCCAAAGUAAAUUCACAACGAAUCCAAUUGUUUCAUAUAGGCCAUUGUGCAUCUGCGGCAGAAAGUCACUUUGUGCCAAUCAGAUGGUCUCUCUGAAACCAUGUGAUAGACGUAGUAACAGCCGCCGGAGGCAUUUAAACCUUGCAAUGAAAACAUUGCUGUUCUGCAUAAAAGAGCAGGAAAAAUAAAAAAGCAAUGAUGACAUUACGACUGGUGAUUGAACAUGUAAAAGGCCUAGUUUAAAAAAAAAAAAAAAAAAAAAUACAACUUGUUUGAGCAAUUUAAAUGUAACCCAAGGCGUUGACAGGUUUUACAUUUUUAGUGUUUGAACUAUGUAUAGCUCAAGGUAUAUAACUAACAUACUCCUUUAUGAUGCUUUUACACCCAUCACACAAACCUCCGUCUCCUCUCCUCCAGCGUAGUUCUGUGUCAGCAACAGAUGGAGGAGGUGAGGUCGGAGUUACUACAAUCCCUCUUGCCAAGCACGGAAGGUAGAAUCCUGCUGCCCUAGGUACAGACCUAGGCCAGAAUACAUGGCUGCAUAGACAUGCAUACAUUUAUUGUGCCUGUGUCCUAAUUGCUCCAGUACCACUACUUGCUAUACUGCAAACAAUGACUUCAUUUGGGGGUAUCCUAAAUUAAUUUUGUGAUUGCAACCGCAAUUAAAAAUUGUGACCUAGCAAUAGGGAAAAUGUUCUUGAAUGACUUGUUCACUUUAACACUGUCUGUUUCUCCCACUGGAACAAACUCCCAGGCACUAGAGAACUAUAUGUUUGCAAUGUCAGAUGUGUGGGAAAGUGGCAUUUCCAGAUAGUGCGCGGAAUAAGACAGAGGGCUUUGUUCUUACCCCGCCUUACAAUUUGGAUUGCACUGACCUGUUUUAUUUCACAAGAUGACUUCCAAAUGUGUUGUACAUUUUUGGUUUUAUAGCUACUUUUGUUUAAAUGUGCUCGUUAGUCGUUCCGGAGUGUUUUUCUUGGUUCCAUAGCAACUGGGUAACAAAUAUUAUGUGUAGACACCACACUCACAGAGAUUUAUAAUACUGUAACCAAUAUCUGACAUCCAUGUGGAUGAAAAUGCAAGCAGGCCUGCUUGUCUGUGCAACAGGAUCUUCAGUGAGGGUUCAGUGAAAACUGAGCUUAGGAUCUUUUUUUCCAUUAUUCUAAAACUGAGAAAGCUAUAGUGUGUGUGUGUGUGUGUGUGUGUGUGUGUGUGUGUGUGUGUGUGAUAGCUAAAGUGUAUAUUUUUGGGAGGCUGAGAAAGCUAGUGUUUAUGCUGGGGGGUGUUAAAUAACCUAGUGGGUUUGGCAAAUUGGCAAAGGAGGUGCAGUUGAGUGAGAAAGCUAUAUUGUUUGUGUGCUGGGGGUGCAGGGGGUUGGGUGAGAAAGCUAUAGCUUGUGUCCUGAGUGGGCGGGAUGCGUGUGACAGCUAUUAUUAUUAUUAUUAUUAUUAUUAUUAUUAUUGCCAUUUAUAUAGCGCCAACAGAUUCCGUAGCGCUUUACAAUAUUAUGAAAGGGGAUUUAACUAUAAAUAGGACAAUUACAAAUAAACUUACAGGAACAAUAGGUUGAAGAGGACCCUGCUCAAUCGAGCUUACAUUCUAUAGGAGGUGGGGUGUAAGACACGUUAGGACAGGAAUGUGCAAUCAAAUAAGGUGGGCUACCCUUUAGGAGAGGGCAAGAGACGGGUAUGUGAGGUAGGGGUUAGUCUUGAAGGCCAUAAGCUUUCCUAAAGAGAUGGGUUUUAAGGCACUUCUUAAAAGAUGCAAGACAGGGGAGAGUCGGAUGGCGGUAGGCAGGCUAUUCCAUAGGAAGGGAGCCGCCCGCGAGAAGUCCUGCAAGCGCGAGUUGGCCGUACGGGUGCGGACAACGGACAGGAGGUGGUCACGGGCAGAGCGGAGAGACCGGGAAGGGACAUACCUGUGGAUCAGUGAGGAGAUAUAAGAGGGGCUAGAGUUGUUCAGUGCUUUAUAGGUGUGAGUUAGUGCCUUGAAUUGACUCCUAUAGCACACAGGAAGCCAAUGUAAGGACUGGCAGAGGGGUGAGGUGUGAGAGAACCGACUAGAGAGGAAAAUCAGUCUAGCAGCAGCAUUCAUUACAGACUGUAGGGGUGCAGUACGGCUUUUGGGAAGACCAAGCAGGAGAGGGUUACAAUAAUCCAUGCGUGAAAUUAUUAGAGCAUGGACAAGCUCCUUGGUAGUAUCUGGUGCAAGAAAGGGGCGGAUGCGGGCUAUGUUUUUAAGAUGGAAUCUACAGGAUUUGGCAACAUGCUGGAUGUGAGGCUCAAAGGUGAGACCAGAGUCAAGUAUGACGCCAAGACAGCGCGCUUGCAAGGAUGGGCUGAUGUUGGUACCACAAACUUGAAGGGAGAGCGAAAGAGGAGGAUCAGUAUUAGGAGGAGGAAAGACAAGGAGCUCAGUUUUUGAGAGAUUGAGUUUCAGAAAGCGGGAGGACAUCCAGUCAGAGAUGGAAGAAAGGCAAGCAGUGACACGUUGCAGGACAGCAGGGGAGAGGUCCGGGGAGGAGAGAUAUAGCUGGGUGUCAUCAGCGUACAGGUGGUAGUGGAAACCAAAUGAGGUAAUAAGUUUGCCAAGAGAGGCAGUAUAAAGAGAAAAUAGAAGGGGACCAAGGACGGAGCCUUGGGGGACUCCAACCGAGACAGGGCGAGGGGAGGAGGUAUCAUUAGAAAAAGAGACACUGAAUGAGCGUUGGGAGAGAUAAGAGGAAAACCACGAGAGGACAGAGUCACAGAGACCAAGCGAUUGCAGAGUUUGAAGAAGGAGAGCAUGAUCAACGGUGUCAAAGGCCGCCGAGAGGUCAAGAAGAAUUAGUAUGGAGUAGUGGCCUUUGGAUUUAGCUGCGAUUAGGUCGUUAGUAACUUUGAUAAGGGCAGUCUCUGUAGAGUGGAGAGGGCGGAAGCCAGAUUGAAGGGGGUCAAGGAGAGAGUUGGAAUUGAGGAAAUGAGACACACGGGUAAAGACGAGUCUUUCCAGAAGCUUUGAGGAAAAAGGGAGCAGGGAUAUGGGACGGUAGUUAGAGGGGGUAGACGGGUCAAGGGAUGGUUUGUUUAGUAUAGGUACUACAGUGGCAUGUUUAAGAUCAGCAGGGACGAUGCCAGAAGAGAGCGAGCAGUUGAAGAUGUGUGUUAGAGAAGGCACGAGACAAGCGGAGAGAGAUCUGAUAAGGUGAGACGGGACAGGAUCGAGCGGGCAAGUGGUGGGGCGAGAGGCGCAAAGAAGAGCAGCCAUUGUGUAUAGCUAAAGGGUGAGUGCCAGGGAGUGGGGCUGGAGGGGGUGGGAGAGACAGCUAUAGGGUGUGUGUCAGAUGGGGGGGUGACAACUAUUGUGUGUUCUGGGGGCUAAGAAAGCUGCAAUGUGUAUUGGGUACAUUAUAUUUUACAUUUGGCAGGGGCCAGGUGCUGUUGCUGUGUUCUCUUCUUCCUUCUCUCUCCUGUGGGCACUAUAACUGUAUCCCCUGGUGCUAUGCACCAGUGAUGGCCCUCAAUAGAUGCCAAUAGCAUGCCUCCAUCACUAUGAUGGGCAGCUGGCUCUAUUGCCUGAAUGGCAACUCAAUCGAAAUGAAAUUCUUUCUUAAAGGACGGUAGGCAUGUGCAAAGUCUGCUGAAGAAGGGCAGAUUUCAAACCAGCGUUGAUGCUCUAAGUAAGCUUCUCCAAACCGUUACCAAUGAGGGGACAGGGGCCCUACAUAAAUGAAACAUAUUACAGAAAUUUUCUCCUCCACGCCCUGUUGUUUAUUUAUUUUUUAUAUAUGGCUUACAAAAAUAAUCUUAGUGUUUCUAAAUAGCUGUAGAUAAUCUUCUUACUGCCCCCUGUCCCCCAUACAAAUUGAUGGGGCACUGUCCCAAGUACCCCCUAUGGGUGAGCCUCCACUGGCUACACCAGUCUUAUGCAUUUCAUGAUUUUGUUUGAUAGGCUGAAAUAAUACCCCCAACAUUGUAAUAAGAAAAAAUAGUCAUUUCCCUUAAGAAAUCAUAUUUAUUUGAUUGGAGAACUGAAUAUAUGGAAUAUCUUGGCAUUAAUUUAUGCACAAAUUUGGUAAAUAUGCAUAAUCACAACUUGAGGAAAGCAUGGUCAGACCUACAAAAAGAGAUGGAGAGAUGGGGUGGGAUAGAGCUCUCAUGGCUGGGGAGGGUCGCAUCUAUUAAAAUGACGAUACUCCCCAAAAUUUUAUAUUUUUUUUAGGACCCUUCCUCUGUCCAUUCCAUUAUCAUAUUUUUUUUUUUAUUUUUUUAUUCUUUAUUUAUUGCGUGCAGGGAAUUACAGAACAUGCCCGGUGUGCCACAACAGCAUAUACAGGCUUUUGAUGUAAUUACAGAUUGUACAUUUUCAUGGCAUUUGAGAAAAAUACUGCACAUUUUAUAUUUUAUAGUAAGAGUAAACAUGUUAAACUAAGUGUUUUUCCGUUUUAAGUUAUACCGAUGCUAGUACUGGUUCUGUCAGUUGGCUAUACGUUAAUCAAUGACUAAGUUAAAUUAACCCGAUGUAAAGUAUGCUCAUGCACGUAUACAAAUAGUUAGACAAAGAUCUAUCAUGCUUUUAAGAGUACAGUGAAUGGCAGAUAUCAAAAGACAGGCUGAUUAUACUGACAGGAUGAGCAUUCAUGUUUAGAAAACGAUUUAUAAGCAAGCUUGAGGAUACGGUAUACCACCGGGGAGCAGAUCUCCUGAUCGAUAAGGGCACAGGGGUUUGGAUGGUAGGAUAGCUGAAGGCAGGUCAGUCUCAGUAAUAGAAAGUCCCUCUAAAAACCAAUGAAAGGUAGCCCCCUCAGCCUCCACUACAGACUUGCUGUGCUGGGGCCGUCCGGAUUGCUGCUAGUCGCUGGGUGAGGUCACUGCUGUGUGCUUACUGCCUAUGGUGAUCAACCCUGCAGCAGGUGAGUGUUCUUCUGCCCUUCCAUGUGUCGAUAAGCCCCGUGGUGCGGUGAUGGUUGCGGGCAGCCGAUGUAUUUGUGGGUCAUAGAAACAUAGCGGUCUCCUUGUUUCCCUGCCCGGAGGAGGGAGGAAGCACCGGGACCCCAUGGGAGGUCUUACUAAGUCUGAACAUGGUGGAGGUGAGUUGCUGGUUAAGGUCCGAGGGUGCUGACUGGUGGCUGUAGAUAAAGCUGUGCCGUUGUUGUUAACAGUCCGCCCUGGUUUCUAUCAGUGUGGAUUCAGCUCGAUCGCUCUCGCAGCUCGCGCACAUGGAGGCGGCCAUCUUGUGGAUUGGCGCCCGGGUGAUGUUCCCCGCCAGGGUGGUUGAGUAGGCCCAGGUUGGAGCCUGUGCAGACCGGGAUAACCCCCCCGGUCCAAAGGGGGGGGGGGGAACGCUAGCCGCCGGCCAGGAGACCCGGGAGAGCGGCCGUCCCAUCCCGGCUCAAGCCCCAACAAGCUCCGAGCCCAGCCAGGUUACUGUCGGUGCCGGACAGGCUCCCAUGCGGUAUCCCCGUUCUCCCCAGUGACUUGGGGUCUGUGUGGUCGUCGGUGGGGUUUGCCGGUCGCGGUUAACCUCCAAUUUGCGCCGACUUUCGGCCCUGGAGCGGGAGCUCGGACAGAACGCGUCUGAUCCCGUCGGCGGCCAGGCCCCGCCCCCUCCAUUAUAAUUUUUUAAUAAAGUUCACUCGACAAUGUUGAAAUUUAUCUGGGGGAACAAGCCUGCCCAAAUGAGGCUCACUUCCCUGCAGCACCAUAAAUCGAAUGGCGGUAUCGGUGUCCCCGAUAUCCGCAAAUAUUAUUUUGCCACUAACGCUGCAGUGGUUGUGAGCUUUAACAAUCAGGAUGAUAAACCCAGAUGGAUGGAAAUAGAGGAAUCAAAAAUUUCACCGGUUAGUUUAUCAGAAUUACCUUGGUUAAAUACUAAGAAAAGACCUGGAAUUACAAAAUUAUUUUUAUCUACCAAGACUACGCUUAUGGCCUGGGACAUUAUUUUGUCAUAUAUUUAAAAAUGACCAGUCUCCCAGUUUAUAUAGAGCAAUGCCUAUUGAGUUAUUGAAAGAUUAUAUACCAUCCUUAAAAAUAGAAUUAUUGAAGGAUUGCUCUAUAACUAAUCUGGAUAAUUUUUUUAUGGCAGUGCUAUUCUUUCUUUGGAAAAAGCUUAAGUAUGGAUUGUCAAAUGUAUGUGAACUGGAAUGUAUGCUAAUCAUUGAUAAAUUGAAAGAACUAUACCAGGUACCUGAAACAGAUAAAAACUAUAAAUCACUUGAGUUAUUUCCUUUAGAGAAAUUUUUUUUUUUUUUUAUAUACAGCCCCGCUAGUAAAGGUAUGAUAUCCUUAUGCUACUUAUCUCAUAAUGCCAAGCCCUUAAUUAAAUUAAAACAUAUGUUGUCAUGGGAGACAGAGUUGGGUGCCCAGUACGACUUAGAAGAAUGGUUCGGUUUCUUUAAAGGUUUAAAAGGUAUUUCGUAUUGCACCGACCAUUUUGAAAAUCAUUAUAAAAUCUUAUAUCGCUGGUACCUGGCUCCGUCUAGAUUACAUAACAUGAACAAUAUGUAUUCUGACCGGUGUUGGAGAGACUGUGGGGGAGUGGGCAAUAUGGCCCAUAUCUGGUGGUUCUGCCCCAAGUUAAUUAAUUAUUGGAAAAUGAUCCAUGAUCUGAUUAUUAAAGUGAACGGAACCAUUAGCAUCUUAACAUCGGAACUAGCCUUAUUUAAAAAACUCCCGGAGUCCGUUAAUAGAUCAGAUAAAAUAAUCAUAGGCCACAUUCUGAUCGCUGCUACAUCCUGUUUACCUAGACAUUGGAAGUCCCAAAAUGUGCCAUCUCUCAGAGAAGUUUUUUAUUUGAUUUUAGAAAACAAGGCACAUGAAUUAUCACACAGAGCCAAUAUGCAUGGUUUCCCAAUACUAAAAUAUAAUUGGGAUAAAUGGGAAGAAAAAAUCAAAACAGUUUAUGGUCUUUGAUAUAUUUAUAGUUAAAGUGCAUUGAUGUACAACAUUUUUUUUGCCAUAUACUUUAUUAUGUUUAUUUCCAAGUUACCCCUCCUUUCCUACCCCUAAUACAAUGUUUGUAUUACUAUCAUUUGUUAUACAAAAUUUUUAAAAACUUUAAUAAAAAUUAUUUGAAAAGAAAAAAGUCAUUUUAAUGUACAGUGAGAUCAAAACUUCGGAAACAUGCUUCAUGUUAGAUUGAUUUGUUAUCAUUGUGAAAUAGCUAGAUGAGUGUUUCUGUGAAAAAUUACUUGAGUGAUGUUACAUGUAUUUGGAUAGUUCAAUCUUCUCUGACACGACAAGCUUGCUUUACUGUAGCACAUCUGCAUCACAAUUUCAAUUACUGUCCCCGCAAGCAUGAGAGAGACUUGCUGGGGUAGUAACAAAGUGUGACCUCCUAUUUGAGCAGAUUGUGAUGACCAAAGUUGCUGAAUAGAAUCUUGAAGGAGAUGGCUGCGCCCACCAGGUACCAGUUCAGGCAAAAUUCAUGUUUUAAAAAAAAAAAAAAAAAAAAACAGAAGCAAUUUAGACUUCCAAUUGGAAAUAAUUCUACCUUGUUUUAGUUUUGUUUAGAAAAGAUAAAUUGCCAGGCUUCUUAGCAAAGUUGAAUCUUGUGGGAUCAGCUCACUUAUAUUUUUUUUUUCAUCCACUGCAUUUUUUUUCCCUUUUUAUUCUAAAUGAGAUUAAAAGAUCAGAAAUAUCAGGCAGGAUUAACGAACGCUGGUCCCAACGUUGCUGGGACCAGCUGAUCCUCUUAAAACUUGUCCUGUGACCUGUACAACAGUGAUCGGCUAUUGGGGAGAAAUGGGCAAAUGCGUCUAUGUUGAGGAUCAGCUGCAGGAUAUGGCAUUGUGAGAAGCUGAUCGAACUGACCUUAAUCAAGAGAUUUUAGGUGAAGUGUCAAAUAUUUGCCCAAACGUGUUGUUUCCAUUCAUUGAGACAUCCGAGAAUCCUUUCCACUUUGGACAGAGAUAUUCAUAAUUGUGCUUCUACAAAUCCAUUGCUAAUUGUAAAAGUAAUAUCUAACCUUUCUAGUUGUGCUUGGUAUAUGUGUACAUACAUUAUAUUACAUGAGCGUGAAAACUAUUAAAAUGAGUUAAAUGAGUCUUGGCUCUUAUUUAAAAGUUUUAGAACGCAAGUUAAUAUUGUUUGUGUCUGUUUAUUACCAAGUACAACUGCAGUGCAGCCUGUGUUAUCAUUCCCUGAUUCAUGAUUGUACUGACAUUUUCCUGCUACUCUUUGCCAAAAUAAAAUUCCUCUGAACUCUUAACCCCUUCAAAGCUGGGGGGUCAUACAGUGUUACUGCAAAGUUUUGUUCCCCUUGCUUCAAAGGGAUUUUUGAAAGGGUUACUCCAAGCACCCUGCAUAUUUCAGUGAUUUAAAGUGGUCAUGGUGUCUGGAAUCUGUACAGAGUUUAACCCCUGUGCUGCUGGAAGUGCAACUGCACCUCGGACAAAGUCCUCAGUCAGCCUGGAGCUGGGCAGGCUAAUGUCAGUUCUGUGCUCAGAAUGUCUUGUUGCACAGAAUGCCAGUUGCUGGCAGAGAGUGGUCAGCUGAUGCUCUCAGCCAGUGAUUGGCGAUGGCCACUGUCUUUAAUCUUGUUUUUUUUUUUUUUUUUUGCACAAUCCAAUAUCUAUGGUAAAGGUGUGUUUUUUGUUUUUUUUCCCUUGACCUUUUUUCUGAUUCCUUAACUUACAUUAUAUGCUUGGAUAAUACUAUGAACUUUAUUAACCCCCUCUGUGCGGAAUAUAAGGGUGAUUCAACACAUACAGCUCUAUGGAAGGAUUGCUCAAGAACAAAUGCACUCCUAUGGUAUUUCUUUGCAGAUACAUGAUCACGCCUGGAACAUCACAGGGUCAUUACAUCACCUCGGACACAGACAUUUGUACAUUUGUUUCUAGGUUACACAUUGUAUUUAAAGGAAAUCUGUAUAUAGUAUCUGGCACGGCCAGUUAAGGCCUCUCAUCUCUGAAGACGAUCCCCAGGAUCUGGAGUUUCCAGAAAAAAGACCGCUAUUUAAACUUCUUAGACAGUCUUUGUCUUCCCAUUAAUUUCAAUUAAUGAUGUCUGCAGCUGUCCCAUAAGUCCCUGCUUUUCACUGCUGGUUUAUUAUACAGGCACAGCAGCAUAUCACUGACAAAUAGCGGCGUUCUUAUGAGGAGCAGCAGUACAGAUACAUGGGUAGUUGACCUCAUUUUACAACUGGACCGGUAACUAAGCUCUGGUACUUUUCAUUUUUAUAUAUUUAUUUUUCUCUGUAAAUGAAAAGCACAGUUUCUAGUUUGUUCUUUUCUUUUAGAAAUGCAAAACAAUGCAGUGAAAGUUGUAUAUUUCUUUUUAAAAAUGUCUCUGGCAUCUUUCCAUAAACAUAUAUUUUACAUGAUGCUGUAUCUAAUGCAUUCGUGCAUGUUAGAUGCAUCAAUUUAAUGGCAUUGAAAAGAAAAGAAAAAACAAUGCUUUUUCUCAACGGUAGUCAUGGUGGUAGGAGACAUUUCGUUUGAAGCACAGCACAUACAGAAUUUAGGUAUAUUGCUACUGGAUGAAUGCUACCGGCAAUGUCAUUAACCAGCCAGAGUUUUGUGCUUGCUAAUAUGAAUUGUGUGCACAUUUGGUACCUGUCGCCGGUACGCAUAGCAUUCUGGCCACCGACGAAUGGCGUCACUGCCCUCUUCUCAGCCCAUUUUCCAGGACAUCCUGCACUGAUGAUCAGGCCGCAGGGAGAAGUUAGCCUCAGCGUGGGAUCACAGGUAAGGUUUUAAUUAUUUACAGCAUGGAUUAUUCUAAUCAAAAAACAUGUUUGUUUCUCUGCAAGUUCUAGGUGAUUUUCAAUGGUGUAAUUAGUGUGUGCUUUGAGAGUCUGUUUAAGCUCUUUGUUUAGAAAAAACAAAGUGCUAAGCUUGUUUUCUUUAAGGGUCUCACCUGACUCAUUUUCUAAUAACAUGCAAAAUGUAUCCCUUCUUGGAAUACAUGUAAAGUAUUGUUUUUCUUUCUAAUAAUAGAAGUAAAUUUUGACGGAAAGAGGUUUUGUUUUCUCCUGUUUAUAUACACCUCUCUGAACCUUACCUUUGUUUUCUCAUAGAAUCCAUAUACAGUAAAAUCGCUACAGUGCAUUACUAGUAUUUACCCAUAGAAUACACAUAGGUAUUCAUAGUUUAGCCACAAUUCCCUUUGACUAAUUAGCGGUACUGUACAUGCCCCAGUUUCCCUUUAGACCAUCUAGCCCCACUGUCCCCCUAAAUAUAGUAAAAUCUUCUUUAUUCCAGUCUGCUCUGCCUGUGAUCUGCCUGCUUGGCUCACAUCAUCAGAAGUGGUGGUCUGAGCCAAUCACAGUGCUUACCCAUAGGAUUGGCUGAGACUGUCAAGGAUCCGGGGCAGAGACCGCACAAGCCAAACACAGCCCUGGCCAAUUAGCAUCUUCUCAUAGAGAUGUCUUAAUGCAUCUCUAUGAGGAAAGUACAGUGUGUGUGUUUGUGUUUGUGUGGUAAUACAUAUGUACAAGCAUUCCAGCUAUAUGUGAAAUGUAAAUUACAUUCAUGCACAGUACUGGAACAUAGGUCGUGCAUGUGUUGUCCAUAGGUUGUGUAUCUCAUCUCUAUAGGUGAUAUUAAGACAACUGAAUCUGGGUCUUUUUAUACAUGUGUGAGAUUAUAUAAACAUUAAUGACAUAUAUGAGUUAAAAAAAACUGAAGUAUAAAUUAUGUUUUCUUUCCUUUCAGUACCAAGUAGGGCAGCUAUAUUCUGUGGCAGAAGCCAGUAAGAAUGAGACAGGAGGAGGAGAAGGAGUGGAAGUUCUGGUCAAUGAGCCUUAUGAGAAGGAUGGGGAGAAAGGUCAAUAUACACACAAGAUUUACCACUUGCAAAGGUAAACUGGGGGUUUCAUCUUAAAAAAAAAAAAAAAAUACAUUUUAAAGUAAUAUGGCAAUAACAUGAUAACCUGUUUUUCCCUUUUUUUAAAACAAGUUUUUGCAAAUGUUUUUUAAAUUUAAUUGAACAUAAUAUUUAUUUAUUGGGAAAAUAAUUCACUUUAUCUCACUGAGCAGCCAUGUGAGGUCUGAUUUUACGGUUAUCCAUCGAACUGCUGCUCAACCUAACUUACCAGCUCCUAGGAUUGCUCUGUGUGAAACUGCAGCAUCAGGCAAGUUAGGUUAGGUAGAAUCUGACCCAAUAUGUCUGCUAAGCCAAUUAAAAAGUGAAAUUUUCUCAGAAAGAAAGGUACUGAAGUGUAUCCCACAGGCAGGAAAAUCGGAAAAAGUGAAUACCAUGUCUGACAUUAAGAAACAAAUACACAAGGAAAACAAACUUUAAUAGAUCUGUUAUAACAUUUAAAAGAUCAAAUAGUUAAUGAGUGACUCCUUCCAAAUCUAAACUGGUGGGUAUGGCCUGACAAAUGGUUCGGUGCCUAUAUAAUGAAAAACAGAAACACAGCAAUACUUCUAGGAUGCCAAUUCAAAGUUUUUAGUCUUUUUGUUGUGGUACAGCUGCAACAAUGUUGCUAGUGCAACAAUAUGUCUCUAGAGGUAAAACAUGUAGCCCAAAAGUAACAAGACUGUACGAGGGAGGGCAAGGGGAGGACAAAUGCUGAAGUAUAUACGCAAACUAAAUAAGACAGCAUACAAGAUGAUAACUAUUCGACUGCUGUUCACUAUCACGAUAUAAUUAUACCCUGUGCCUUCAAAUGGAACUUAACAGUGAACCCCCUUCUAGCUAAUGGUCUGACUGUGGUAAGAGCAGAGAGCAAUCAAAGCUAUUGAUAUGUAAGAAGGACAAACACAUACCCUAAACCAAGUGUAAUAUGAAAUCGUGGCUAAUAACAAGAUCAAACUAAUAGAUGAGUCCCUCCUUUCGGUUCUUGACUUGUAAGACAACUUGAUCACGAUUACGAUUUAUAAUAAUGCAAAUAAAAAUUCAAGCAGUGUCUGAGAUUACCCUGCAGUUGUAAAUAUAGCUAUAUCGUUAAGAUUGCUAUUUAGCUAAGGAUACAUUUAUAUUUUGAUUAUCUGGAAAGAUAGAUUGGCAAGGCGUUAUAGAAGGGGGAGAGAGAGAGGAGGAGGAAUAAUCGGGUAUACAAGCAGAAUGGUACAGAAAGGUAACUUAUUAACUAUUAAACUGCUGCUUCCUAUUGAGAUACCAUGCUAUAUAUAAUUAUCCCGUGUGCCUUCAAGGGCACUUAGCAGAAAACUGCCCCCUCUAUCUAUCGGUCAGAACGGAGCACACAGCAACCAAAUUAAAGAAGAAACCACACUACUACAACCUAAAGUGCUACAAAAACGUGUUUAAUGUGAAAAAAAUAAAUCAAAACUCAGUUAAAAAAAAACGCGGUCUGUUGUAAGCGGUGUCAUCGUAGUCUCCUGAUUUGUAGUAAAUAAAAUAGGAUCUUGAAUCACAGGAUGCACAUGCAGCCCCUAACGCGCGUUUUGCCCUAGCUGGUUCGUCAGAGGGGAGUUACCCUGUGGGAUACACUUUUUAGUGUCUUUCAGUUUCAAUUUAGUCCUUAGGGGUGACCCCCAUUCAGAAGUGUUCCCCUUUAUUAUUGGCUCACUAUUACUUUUUUCUUUGUGAAAUUUUCGCAACAUAAUACAUAUACAUCAUUCAAAAAAAUAUGGCCGUGUACAACUUUAUAGGGCUCUCACAGAUACCUUUCAGAUUUGAAAUGGGACUAGACAAGGUUGCCCAUUCUCCCCUCUACUUUUUGCUAUGACCCUGGAACCACUUCUGAGAAACAUAUGGAGGAAUAAGGAUGUUUCUGGCUUUGAAUGGCACAGACACCAACACAAGAUAGCAGCGUAUGCUAUUGACCUACUGUUCUUUAUUGCACAACCUUGAAUUACACUACUCUGCCUAAUGUCUGAGAUUUCAAGGUAUGAGGCAUUGUCUGGUCUUAAACUCAAUUUGACUACAUACAUGUAAAGUCCUCAAUGUUUCAGUAUCCGAUCACUAAUGUAUCCAACUUAAGUCAAACUUUCCGUUUAAUUGGUGCGACACCCAGAUAAAAUAUUUAGGAAUAUACAUAUCUAGGGAUCUUGCUGACCUUUACCAACGGAACUUCGCACCACUUCUUCAGCAAAUUCGAAAGGACCCGAAACUCUGGAAAUCCACAACUCUUUUGUGGCUUGGCCGUAUAGCGGUAAUCAAAAUGAAUGUACUACCCAGAUUACUCUAGAUAUAUCAGAUGAUACAGAUGGCUUUGCCAACGACCUUCUUCUCAUCACUGCGAUCUUCCAUUUUACAAUAUGUAUGGGGAGUUGAGAGACCCCGGCUUGCCACGUUAAUGGGGAGGCCUCGCCCUACAUAACCUACGCAAGUAUCACCAAGUGACAGUCCUCCAGAGGAUCCUGGACUGGCAUGUGGCCUUGGGUCACAGACAGUGGGUGUCUUUGGGAAAGGGUGUAGCCCACUCAGCCUUACAUGAAACUUUAUGGAAACCUGGUGACACCACAAUGUCAGAAGUAGAGAGAUACUCUCCAAUGGCCCAAACUAUAUGGACAUGGAAGCAGAUACUUGUCGCCUAAGUCGAGCCCCCUCAUGCCUCUGAGUCAUAAUCCUGUGCUGGGUGCCGGUUUACCGCGUGGGGCGUGGCCUUACCUGGGAGAUGUGGCAUACAUCCCACUGAAAGGGGCCUUGGGGAGCUCCGGACUGUUAUCCUUGGAGGUCUUCAUGGAGAACAUCGCCCCGCCACCACUGCAGAGGUUUUACUACUCUCCGCUACAACACUUUUAUAGAAAAUACCGGGCCCGCUCCUCGAGGUGCAAUGAAACAGAAGGCACAGUGAAACAUCUGUGGUGGGAAUGUGCAGGCAUAAGACCGUUCUGGGAGGAGAUCAGGAGUAAGAUCAAAGAAAUCCUAGGGGACGAUCUCCCUCUAGACAUUGACAACAUGCUAUUGCAGUCUACACCUCUCCCAGCUGACAAAUAUAGGAAAUCUAUACUUAGACACCUCCUUAAUGCUGCAAAAUCCCUGAUACCUGCAGUUUGGAAACAAUCCACGUCUCCCUCGAUGGAACAAUAGAUGGAGAGCCGGGGAAGAGGUCAAGGCAGCUGAAUCCGUUCAGGCCUCACUCUCAAACAUCAGUGAUAAACACGCUAAGCGGUGGCAGCCAUGGGUCCUAUACCUUGCUGAGCGGUGGGGGUGGGGGAGGGAGACUCUGGCAGGGGAUGCCCCAAAACCUUCAUACUUUACCCACCCUAUUCUUCCUUUUGCUGAGCUUACCUUGCCUCUCCUUCCUUGCUACCUUUUUUCUUUAUACUUUCUUAAGAAUAAUUUGAACAUUGUCAAAACCCGCUUUACUGCAACUACCGGCUCUCUGCAAUACAAACCAUAGUUGGCCUGUCUAGGAGGGGGAAGUCAUGGGACAGGAAGUUUCUGCAAUGACAACAUUUCUGUAUUCGGUAUCUGGAAGCUGACAAUGAUGGCCGGGACAUGAGAAUAGGGGAUGUCUCAAAAAGGAGGCUUAGUCCACUCCGACCAUUACCAUACUCCUAGCUCUAGGAGAGGGAUGGGUAAAGGGAUGAAAGGCCAUCCCGAUGGCUCUAUACCCAUACACUCACUCAGUACUGGAACUCAGUGCAUCACAACCGACCCCUUACACAAUGCAGAUAGACUGGUCGCCUGAUCUCAGUAUCCCAAAUACUGCCCACGUUCCUCCAUAGUACACACGGCCACCUGAUUCCUUAUGAGAUGGCGAUAGACCAAUUCACUGUCAUCAUAACGCAUCUCUAGGUAGAGGACUCUGCUCCCUAGCUGGGAGCCAGGUAGUGGUUACAAAGUUACUAUAUCCUACUGCAUGUGUACCAUGCUACCCUACUACUUACAUUUAUGGAGUCAUAUGUUCAAGAAUGCUAAUAGAAUUUGCGGAUGCACUCUACCUAAGAGACUACUUUGUUUUAUUUUAAUAUCUGGAGUUCUGCCGUAUAUGUGGUAUUCUGUGGAUUUAUUUUCUCACCCAUGCCUGGGUAGAUUUGGGAUCUAAGAGCUAGGCUGCCUCGAAGCAGCAGUGGAGGGAUGUUCCUUUAGUGAGACAGGUUCUUAGGUUUUGCUGGAGCUAUUGAAUGUGCAUUUUUAACUUAUUAAUUUCCUGCCUUACUUUCGGAGGGAUUUGAGUGUUAGGCUGCCCUGAAGCAGCAGUGGGGGAUACGCUGAAAGUUGGUUAGGCGCUAUACCUGCUAUUUAUCGUGGGAAGGCUUAGCCUCACUAGAUAUAAUAUCCCCCUGCUGUUGAUACUUUCUAUUCACACUAGUGAAAGGAUACUUUGUUGAAAGCACUCUCAUACCACUUAUGAGGAACAAUGUAUCUAGUCAAUAAGAGUCACUAUUAAUCUUGUAGCACUGAAAGAAAGUAAAAAGCAUAUUCAAAAACUAUAUUCGUUUUCUACAAUACUCAAGAAUAAACCUGUCUUGCUCUCUAUGUACAUUAAUUUCAUGUACAGAUAACCAUCCACCAGGAAUGAGCCCUAUCAGCUAUUAUUGCAUCAUCGCUAAUUUAAUAUUCCCUACUCUGUAUAUAAUUUGGAUCUAUUGUGGGAUCCUAUUUAGAUUGCUAUAUUUACUCUUGUGAGAGUCUCACAAGCACUACUAGCAUAUACAGUACUACCGCGGAACAUAUGCAGAUUUUUUAUUCUGAUACGAUACUGACAAAUUAUAUACUUAUAUAAAUCAAAAACCAUCUCUCCACAUGAUUGAACUAUCUAUAAUCUGAAUGGUCCAUGAGAUUACUCAGGGAUAUGUUGGAUACUGAAUCAUGGAUAUAUUUAUUUAAUUGAUAGUCAGGACAGAUCUAACCAGAUUUUUUUAAAGUGUGACACUUCUCACUUUAUCACUUUUUUGGGUUUGUAGUGUUUUUACACAUUCUUUAAUUUUCUUUUUUAGUCUUUUGGAUUUAAUAAAGGUUUAUACCAUUUAUAUGGAAUUUUUAUUUUGAGGAGGUGUCCCUCGAAUGAGAGCGGGUUCCACCCACUAUUUGUGAGUGGUUAUCCCAAUCCAUUUAUUCUGUUAAAUAUAUAUAAUACAGUUAAUGAAGGCUUGCACUCGCGGUCUUUUCUCUAUAAAAGUAUCCUUUAUUUCAUUCCUUUUUAAAAUAUGAUCAACGUUUCAGCCAUCUUCUGUGGCUUUCAUCAGGAUCAACACAACACAUUUACAUAUAUUAUCUAACACACUUAUAUAGCUAUACAAACUUAUUAAUUAAUCAUAAAAACACUCACCACCUGUACUGCUAUUUCCUCGGCGUCUCUCAAUUACUUCGGCGCAUGUGUGAACAUGCCGCUACCUGGAAGUAGCGUAUUGACGUCACCUUUGGUUACCGGGCUUACCCGACUCUACUCCGGGCUCCCCGGCAACUGGGUAAACCAAGGAAUAAAAAGGAAUGAAAUAAAGGAAACUUUUAUGGAGAAAAGACCGUGAGUGCAAGCCUUCAUUAACUGUAUUGUAAUUGUUGGCAAUGGCUGGAAUGCACCUGGCAUUUUGAAGAGGAUAAAACCUUUAAGUGUGUGUGCAAGGAGCAAAAGGGAAUAUAUAUAUAUAUAUAUUCAUUGUGAUUAAUUCUCAAAAUGCUAGAAGGUGACUGCUUAAUACUGUCUGGUUGUCAGUUAUUUGUAAUCGCACCUUUGGUUAUUUCAACUAUAUACGUGCAUUAAUUUGCUGAAGUUAGUGUGAUGAUCGUACUGUACAGUAAACAUCUGAAAAGAUAUAUGCAGGUCUACAUUGGAAUUACAAUAUUCAGUGACUCUUCCUUUAACAGGAAAUAUCUUAUUUAUAAAUAGCUGGGUUCUUGUGAAAUGCCUAUGUUUAAGAAACAUGACAUUCCAUGCUGCGAACCCUACUAAUAAUAAAUGAGUAAGACAUUCAGUGUUCUAGGAAGGGCAACUGAGUACCAGAUCAUAAUGACAACAGAGAGCAUAGGUCUUUAAAAGUUUUUAAAGGAUCAGGGUAUGAUGAUUGGCAUUGGUCGUUCUAGGUUGAAUAAGACAAUCCACAGAUAUGAAAGUUUGUAUGUGAUUGAAAAACUAAUCAAAGCAAGGGUUUUUUGGAAUUAAAAAGUAACAGGGAUGAUAUGUUGGUUUAUAAAUCUGUUGUAUUCAGCAGAUAACUAUUAGAGAGAGCUAUUUUUAGGAAAUCACAAAAUAUAAAGCUGUUCCAAAAGUAAAAAACAAGAAAAAAACAACCCAUACUGAUAUAUAUAUAGUCUUAAUACUAUAUUUUUUUUUAAGUUGUUUGGUAACUGGGCAAACUGGAUUGGACUUGGUGUGUGUAAGAAUGUCUGUCUGUGCUAUAUUAUAAUUGGCAGCUGUCAGUGUCUACCAUGCAUGUAUACCCAGUACAAUCACUGCAGCAUGAUGUCCUGGUAGCCGUAGUCAUUUUAACGCUCUUGCAAUAUUUACUCUUUGUUCAGCAAAGUACCCACAUUUGUCAGAAUGCUGGCCCCAGAAGGUGCCCUGAAUAUGCACGAGAAAGCAUGGAAUGCCUAUCCCUACUGCCGGACCAGUGAGUAUGAGUCUGUAUGGCUGGAAGGAGAUGAAUAGGCGUUUUGUGUCGCACAGUAUGAGCAAUGUGCACUUUAACACAGCCUCUUACAUACUGGCAGUUGAACUAGGAAGCAUUUGUUACUAUAAGACGGCUGGCUGCUCUAGUUGUGACUUUGUUAUCUAAUAUGCAGGUGCCUCUCUCUUGUACUGCUCAGUGGGAUGAAUAAUUCAGGUCAUUUUGACAGGCAUCUUGUUACCUGUGUUUGAAAGAGUCUACAGGGCUAAAAACAGGCAGACUUGGCACCUGCAUGCUCUAUUUGUCUCUCCCUUGUGAUAUCCUUCCAUGUUCGUUUCCCUUGACCGGCCAUAGGAGAUACAGCUUUAGGGUACUGUCUCUAUAUAUGUGAAUUUAAACACUCUGAUAACAGAAUUAUAGAACCCGUUAGGAUAGCCUUAUAGCUUUGGUGAAACAUUAACUCCCAUAAUGCUUUUCAAACCUUUAGGAGUUGCAGUAACUCCACAGCUGUAGGGCUGUUUUACUAUCCCUGUUUAAGAGAUUGUCUUGCAUGACUGUUAAGUAUUAUGUUUAUAGAGUUUAGCAGCCAAAAAGGAAAUGUUAAUGAAGGAAACCUAAGUUCGGGGGAUAAGGUUUUUACAAGUUCUUGUUUGUGGUUUUAACCUACUAACAUUUUGUCUCUUUCUUUCUUUCAUGUAACGUGAAAAAGUAAUUACAGUAAGUAUGUCUUUAUUACAAUAUAGAUAAAAACUGCAUUAAUCUAAAGCUGGACAAACUCUAGCAGGCCUGGGUGUCGGGGAAAAUGUUAAUGCUGGCUAGUAAUAUAUUUAUUUAGUGCGCAUCUAUGAGUGACUCUCUCCUCUGACUCCUAGAAUACUUGCUGCUACAUAUUUGCAAAAUAUUUUAUUGAGGCUUACAAGAGCAUCCAAAGGUACAUAACUUUAUGUGACAUUGUGUUUGAUCAUACUUACAUUGUUUAAGCUGUGGAGGUAUUUUAUCAAACUUUAAAGGACCACUAUAGGCACCCAGACCACUUCAGCUCAAUGAAGUGGUCUGGGUGCCAGGUCCAUCUAGGGUUAACCCUGCAGCUGUAAACAUAGCAGUUUCAGAGAAACUGCUAUGUUUGCAUUAGGGUUAAUCCAGCCUCUAGUGGCUGUCUCAUUGACAGCCGCUAGAGGCGCUUCCGCGCUUCUCACUGAUUUUCACAGUGAGAAUACGCCAGCGUCCAUAGGAAAGCAUUGCAAAUACUUUCCUAUAGACUGAUUGAAUGUGCGCGCAUGCGCAUUUGUCGGAAGAGGGAGGAGGGUCCCCGGCGCUGGAGGAAGGUAAGCCUUUAACCCCUUCCUACCCCUAGAGCCCGGUGGGGGGGACCUAUUGACACUAUAGUGCCAGGAAAACAAGUUUGUUUUCCUGGCACUAUAGUGGUCCUUUAACCUAAAAUAUAGUUAUGUCUAGCACCCACCACUGCUAAAUAUAUAACUAAAGUAGCUGAAACGCAUUCUUAUUUGUUAAUCGCCAACAUGCAAUACUUCACUGCACGUUGUCACAAGGGAGUUUUCACACACUUCUGACACUCAAAGGAAUUGUGAUUAAAAGACAAACAAACAUUUGCAAUACAUUGUUCCAUUCCCACCAUUAGAAUGUUUUUAUUCUUUUUAGCACUUAUAAUAUAUCUAUAUCUAAAUACUAAUUCUAAUUUGGUGUAAGGAUUCUAUUAAUUUUCCUUCUAUUCCUUAUAAAAUGUACAGUGUGAAUACUCGUAGUAAAUUUUUUGCAUUAUAUUAAAAACAAAUAGUCUAUAUAAUUAUACUGUUUUUUGUAAUAAUCAAGGUGACAUUUGGUAAGCCUCAGCACCUACACCUUUGAAACAAUAUGAAUUCUUUAAUCAACAAUUAACAAGUACCAUAUAUACUCGAGUAUAAGUCCCGUCAGCCUGGGCAUCUGAGAACCGGCCAGAGUCCCCCAACCGACAAAGGGGGAAAUCCUCACGUCGGCCUGGAACUCUGCCUGGGCAUCGGAGAACCGGCCAGAGUCCCCUGACUGACGUUCGAAAUUUCCGCAAAUUUUACCCCCAAAAAAACUGGGAAAACUUAUUGACUCAAGUAUAAGACUAGAGUAGGAAAUGCAGAAGCUACUGGUACAUUUCUAAACAAAAUUAUAUCCCAGAAAAAAUAUAUUAAUUGAAUAUUUAUUUACAGUGUGUUUGUAUGAAUGCGGUGUGUGUGUGUGAUGCAGAGCCUUGGUGGGGGUGGUGGGCAUUUUUAUUAUUUUUAAAAAAUUAUUAUUAUUAUUUUAAUUUUAUUCUUUUUUGUUAUAUUAUUUUAAUUUUAUUAUUAUUUUGUAAUAUUAUUUUAAUUUUAUUAUUAUUAAAUUUUUUAUUUAUUUUUAUUCGUCCCCCCUCCCUGCUUGAUACAUGGCCAGGGAGGGGGACUCUCAUUCCCUGGUGGUCCAGUGGAUGGGCUGUGCAGGAGGGGGCGCUGGCAGCAAGCUGUAACUUACCUUUCCUGCAGCUCCCUUCUCCUCCGGUCCGGUCAGCUCCCCUGUCAGCUCCACUGCAAGUCUCGCGGUGUGAGUGCCGCGUGUAGCGGUAACCCCUGGCAACGCUCUGACCGCGCGGUUCUUGCGAGACUUACAGGGGAGCUGACUGGACCGGAGGAGAAGGGAGCUGACAGGAGCUGCAGGAAAGGUAAAUUACAGCUCUCCGCCAGCCCCAACAGGACCACCGGGCUUGUAAUGAGCCUGGCGGUCCUGGUCUGUAUUAUGGCAAUGUAAGUCUUAUACUCAAGUAUAUACGGUAGCUGUUAAAAUAAAGAUUGUUUAACCCCUUAAGGACAGAUAACAUGUGUGACAUGUCAUGAUUCCCUUUUAUUCCAGAAGUUUGGUCCUUAAGGGGUUAAACAUUUAUUGUUUAUAUCUGCCAGUAGCCAGGAGAUGUGUCCCUAGUGGAUGUUUUGUUGCUAGCUAUCUGGAAAAUGUGCUGAUUAUUAAUAGAGAUUAGGUAGUACAGGCCAAAUGAUCACAUGAAUUGAUGGCUGCAUUGUUAGGAAUAUUUCACACGUUCCUCUGAUCUUCUACUAAACACAUCCAAAUGUGAAAUGAGAUUUUUAGCAUCCUUAGGAAGAACAAUAUACAAUCCUGGAAAAGGGGCACUCCAGACACCAAGACAUGUACAAUGUGUCAGGUUAGAGUUAAUUAUAUUUUGAGGUUUUUUUGUUUGGGUUUUUUUCCCUCCAAAGAUACUGCUGUACAUGAUGAUAUGAGUUUUAGUUACAGAGACAAAGUGACACUAUGUUCACCAGCACAACUACAGAAGUUCUGGUGAGUAUAGUAGGCACUGCAGGCAUUUUUCAUGUAAACCCACGACCACUAGGGAGGUCAAAAGAUGUCUUUGUGUGGCUCACUAUAGCAAAGGAUUGUGUGGUCUAUACCUAUGAUGGGUGCAGAUCUGUCAGCUUUUUUUAGCCAUGUGCUCAGUCACUCAGUGGAUGACUCUGAGCACUGACAUUGUUACUGUGGCAACACUCCAAUGCAUUCAUUUAACACGAGACUGGUAAGGUGCAACCACAGUGAUCUUCAUCCUGUCCUCUAUCAGCUUCUCCACACUCUGCAUGGAGACCCUGAACAUUCAUCAUAGAGAUGCAUUGAUUCAAUGCUGACUGGCUAGGGUGGCAUUUGGCUCCCAUGUGAAAGCAUUGUGAUUGGCUGAGAACAUCAAUUCUGAUGUCAGCCAAGUAGGCGCAACAAGAGCAGAGCCAGUCCUGCGGACCUGUAAGUCGCUGGAAAUAAGGUGAGUCUUUAUUAUAUUUAGGGGGUUGGGGGGGAGGAGAGAUCAGCAGGGCUGUUUAGAUUGUGUAUUUAACUCUAUAGGUUCAGGAAUACAUGUUUGUGUUCCUGACCCUAGUGUUCCUUUAAGUUUAACUUUUUCAUCCCUAUUAAAUCUUUAACCUAAGUGCUAUAAUAUAUAUAUAUAUAUAUAUAUAUAUUAAAAAAAAAAAAAGUGUAUCAAUGUAUAUACAGACACAUGUGUGUGUUUGUUUUGGACUCUGACAUCCAGCAAUCCCAUGGGGUACAUGCCCAAGCUACCGUAUCACAGAGGGCAUACAAUGGUUGUUGGUAAGACAAUUAGACGAUGUAUAAGUGAUAGGAGUGUAAAGUGUACAUCCACUGUUAUAAAGGGUUUAGGAUGCAGGGCAUCUGAAUUCUUUUUAAAGCGGAUGUAGGUGUGCAUUUUUAUAAAGUGUUCUUGGUGCUUUAUUAUUGAGAAGGGACAUAAUUAAAGAUCUACUAGGUACAGAAGGUAUGCAUCCAUUUUUAGUCACUGCCUGGAGUCACAAUAGAAGUGAAGCUGUGUAUAUAUUUGAUAUGUAUAAAAUCAUUUGUGCAUAUACAAUUGUGUCAAAUUAGGAAUGGAUGCCAAUUAUACAUGCUUGCUUUUUACUUCUAUUUCAGAAUGAAUACAUGAAGGAUGAUUUCUUGAUUAAGAUAGAAACGUGGCACAAACCUGAUUUGGGAACACAAGAUAAUGUAAGUGGUGCACAAAAAUAAACAAGACAAAUCUACAACAAAAAUGUAAUUAUUCUCUCGUGCAUAGGAAAACCGUCUGUUAUUCACUAAACUGCAGUGAAUUGAAAAUCAAUUUCAAAUUUUUUUAGGUAAAAAUAGCUGAAUUGGAAGAAUUUGCCAAAUUAGACAAGCGGAUAGACAACAUGCUCACAGAGAAGGACAAGCCCUCUGGUCCCAAGUUCGAAACCACAUACAUCCACAGUACAAAGGGGACACAUAAUAAAAUACAAGUUCGAAACCACAAUACAGAGGGGACACAUAAUAAAAUACAAGAUGAAUUGUUGACUUUUUUAUUUUUGACAAAGGUUUAAAAAUAUCAGGAAGUAUUACUUUACUGAGAGGGUAGUGGAUGCAUGGAAUAGCCUUCCAGCUGAAGUGGUAGAGGUUAACACAGUAAAGGAGUUUGAGCAUGCGUGGGAUAGGCAUAAGGCUAUCCUAACUAUAAGAUAAGACUAGGGACUAAUGAAAGUAUUUAGAAAAUUGGGCAGACUAGAUGGGCCGAAUGGUUCUUAUCUGCCGUCACAUUCUAUGUUUCUAUGUCUAUGUUUCUAUCUCUAAAGUCACAGCUUGGCUAUUUCUUCCUAAAUUUUGCCAUUUUGGCUUCAAUUUGGUGUUUGUAAAUACAGCUCUCUGUAAUAAGUAAAGGGAGAUCUGAAUACAAAAAUCCAUGAAGAUGGUUUUCAAUAAUCUUUGUUUUUUGCUGUUAAGUUUUAGGUGUAUCCUGGGUGUUCACUCUUUCGCUAAUUUCAUAUGGUUAGAGUAACGAGUUUUCAUUAGAUGUAUCGGGUUUCCCCAUAUUAAAGUACAGACACUACUCACUUACCGACCUGGUCGUAGAAUGAAUUGGUCAGUAAGUGAGGAGUUAAGGGAUUCCCUGCUCUGGUGCGUUCGUCUAUGUUCAGGGAAACUUCCCCGAACAUAGAUGAACGCACCAGAGCAGGGAACCCCUCUAAUCUGUUAGGAGAAAUUUUCCCGAACAUAGACAUGCGCACCAGAUCAGGGAAUCUCCACGAUGGCUCGCACUUACGCCUGGUUGUAAGUGCGAGCCGUCGUAAAACAGGUCACUAAAUGAGGACCACCUGUAUUACAAUACAAGUUUUCUAGAACAAAUUAUUAGAGGUGUCUGUUUUUCAUUAUCAUAUCUUGGUUGAGCUCUAAUCACAUCACGUGUUGUAGAAUAUUUCCCACGUUUAUUCUUAUAAGAUCAGGGUUGUUUGCUUGUUGCUUAAUAAAAUAAAAUUUCCCAGAAAGAAAAAAAUAUAUAGUAUACCGUGCUGCUAGUGCUUCCGGAGAAGAGCAUUCCUAUAUACUCAGAUGAGAGUCCAAUUAACAGUCCGUGUUGCUGUCCCUGGUUUUAUCCUUGGCAAGGCUACACAUAGGAGGAGGCUUGCAUUCACACAGCUAUAUUUUACAAAUAACAGGAAUGUAAAACAUGGUCGCAUACAAGACUUGUGUGACCCCACUAGCCUCCUUAUUACCCCGUUUAGAAAACUUGGCUUAAGGGAACUGUGCUUUUUCAGGAUUUUUUAUUGUGUGUACUUAUCCAUAGCAAAUAUAUUGUUUAUGUCUAAUAAAUAUAAUUAAAGGACCAUAUUCAAUAUAGCUUGCUGUAAUUGUUACAUGUUUAGUAGUCACCAUUACAUGUUAAGUAGUCAGUCAGUUUUAGUACCAUAUGACAACUUACCUAGGUCCCACCAGCUGAGCACAGCCUUGGAUUGGCAAUGCUUUAUUCUAUGGAGCCAUCCAGCUUUUUCUUCAGGUAAAGACCAGAUGCACUGUGGGUGCCUUAGGGGACCCAGGAAAGCUGUUAAACUGCACUAAAGUGGUUUGACGGCUUACCAUGGGAUGGCGCCAGGCACUCCUUGUACGCUGUAGUGGCUAUAAUUCUUGUAGUGUUCCUUUAAAUGUAGAAAUCCACACUUCUCUAACCUGCAACUUGGCUCUUGCAUGUUGGAUCCAUGUCAGUCAUCGUUAAAAACGUAGACAUCUGAUAAAUAUAAUUAAGUAGUUCUCUUUACUCCUUGAUUCAUUCCUUUCUCGGCAUAGUGCAAUGUCCAAUACAGACGUCUUGGAGUUCUCCUUCAGUAUUUGGCCAGACAAGUUUAGAGCUUGUUUCCCCCACCCCAUUAUUUAUUACUUUAUUGAACAGUUACAAACACAAACGUAGGUACCAGAAUCCAGUGUGCAGUACUUAUGAUAAAUGACAGCAUGAUUUUAUUUUAAUUUCAGUUGAUUGUUGUUUUUUUAUAAGCUGAUUGCCUGUGUUGAAGGAACUGAAAUGAACCUUUGUGUGGAUUCAUAUUUGUUAAUGACUGACCAUUGUCUGAACAGCCAUCAUAAAUGGAUCCGAUUUGAUCUCUUUGUAGGUACACAAGUUAGAACCAGAUGUCUGGAAGAACGUAGAAGUGGUUAAUAUUGAUAUUGCAGAUCGAAGUCAAAUUAUGUCAAAGGUUUGUAUGAACAGUCACAACUGCCCUUUUGAAGAUUUAAUCAUUUUUUUAAAUCAUUUCUGCUGCACUAUGCUUAUAGUGCCUGUAGUCCCUGGGAGCUGGUAAUCUGUCAAACAUUACAAAAGAGUUGGCCCAAUAUAGCUCAGGUUCAUACUUCUGCAUUAUAGUACCAACUUAUACCAGGUUUAGACAGCAUUCAUUGGUUGGGAAAGUCACCUGACGGCAGUUGGACCUGAGUUGGCAUGAUAAUAAGGAAAUAUUAACAUACCCUUGUACCAGAAGGACCACAGGUGUCUGACACAGCAGGUUUGAUAGGUUGUCAGUGGGGCUCCUGACACUCUUUACCGGUUGUUAAACCUAAAUCAUUGAAAAAGAGAUACUACAAACUAAUAAAUAGAAUAUUGAUGGAUAAUCAUUUCUUGGUACAAAAAUGCAAGCAGAAUUCUAAAAUACAUUCCCCCAUAUAAACACAGACAUGAACUCUUGGAAAUUUGCAUAAGCCUACUCACCUUAUGCCCCAGAGAUCGUGACUGUUUAUCAACCCCUUUAGUCUGCAUGCAGCCUGUUUGAUUGAAAUGUAAGUAGAGAGUAGGUUAAUUGCUAGAUAUUGCUAGUGACAGAUUUUCUGUGUGUGUGCUUUAUAUAAAUGCACAAGAGCACUUUUUGCAAGCCUAUUCACUCCUUAAGCAUAUUUCUGCAAAAGCCAUUCAAAUGUAAAACCUAUUGUAAAUUUAUGUAUUUCUGUAAAUCUACAGGAUUAUAAACCAGACGAAGACCCAUCAAGAUUUAAAUCUGUCAAAACAGGCCGUGGCCCACUGACACCUGACUGGAAGGUAAUUAAUUAAAUUUACAUGAUAUUUAACCAUAGCAGAAUAUUGUUUUAUUUUAUUUUUCUUUACCAUAGGGUGCUGAGUUUUCCUGCUAAUAAAAUUAAAAUAGCAAAGUUUUUUUGUUGGGGUGUUUGUUUUUCGUUGCAGAGGUUUAUAUUUGGGAAAACCUAAUUAAUCCUUCUUUGUGUGCAACGCUUCUUCUAGAAAACAGUGGCGCAGCAGAAGGACUGUCCACACAUGUGUGCUUAUAAACUAGUGACUGUCAAGUUUAAAUGGUGGGGCCUGCAGAACAAAGUGGAGAACUUCAUACAAAAGGUAAGCAUACGCAGCAGAGGGAACUAAGCUAUAUUCAACACCUCCUCCCCACUGUGAUUGGUUGAAAAAGGCAGAAUGCUGGACAAUGAGUAACUAAUAAACAAAAUUCAAAACCAAAUCACUUACUAUCAAUUUAGCUGCUUUAGUCGGGUUAUUUAUCCUCUAUACCAGCUGUCCCCUUUUGCAGUGCUACUACAGUCCUCCCUUUUUGUACCAAUUUCUUAAAAACGUUUUACACUCCCUAUCUCACCUAUUUUGCUUGAACUCCUUUACACCCCUCCCUUUUUCUCCACUUUUUCAAUCCUUGCCUUAUAACCCUACCUGUCUGUAGCUUGCUUUACAUAAUAUGUUGGUGUCUUACAAAUGACAGCAAAUUUUUCUCAUAAAAGUUUUUAGUAUUUUACAUAAUUUGACUUUAUUUUUUUUAUUUUAUUUUUUACUGAAGUUUUACUGCAGUGCCAUCAGCAUAUGUAAGCGUACUACAAGUUUCCCAAAUCCCCCAAGACUGUGCCUCGUUGGUUAAGUAGUGGAGGAUAUGUUUUACAGUUUCCUUAAAAGGAAAACCAGACAAAAGAAUACAUACUGGAACUUGUAUUAUCACAUUAGGCCCCCUUGAUCACACAAGAUCUAUCAAGGAUGGAAAGCAGCGAUAUUAUGACACGAUAUUUAGCAUUUUAUUGUUAUUUGCCAAAUGUUACAUAGCAGUCACUAUGAUGUCACAGUGAGCAAAAUAUCUUGUAGCAGUCAGAGCUGACCGAAUGUCACUGUGAAGUCACGGACUGUAUUUUGCAGAGAACAAAAAGAGAAAAGUAAUGUUUUGAUUUCUAUAUAUUGAUUUUUAACCACUUGAGGACCACAUGAUGAUCUAUGCCGUCAUGCAGUGCAGGGAUUAAAUGUCCUGUGAUGGCAUAGACCAUCAUAAAGUAAAAGUACCAGCAGGGGUUGGCACCAGGGAACCUCGGGUAUCUUUUAAUACCUGGGGGUCCCCUCUAUCAGCUCAGGCCAGAAUUAGUGGCUCAAAACUGACCUCUCCUCUAUUUGCAGAGCUCAAAGUAAACGGUGCAAUCACGGAUUUAAAUCCCUAUUGUUACAAUGCAGUGUGAGCAGGGAUAUAACUUUGCUCACACCGCAUUUUAACAAUGGGGUUUUAAAUUAAGAUACCUGGGGCUCCCCUAUGUCAGCCAGCUGACAUUUAAGUGGCCCCAAGCUGACAGAUGAGCUGCAUGCAGAGCUCAAAGUGAUAUUGACAUGCAGCUCCUCAAUGGGGAUUUAACCCCUUAAGGCCUUUUAUUGUGGCCAGCCUAAGGCACACCUGUGCAAUAAUCAUACUGUCUAAUCAGCAUCUUGAUAUGCCACACCUGUGAGGUGGAUGGAUUAUCUCGGCAAAGGAGAAGUGCUCACUAACACAGAUUUAGACAGAUUUGUGAACAAUAUUUGAGAAGAAUAUGCCUUUUGUGUAGUUUUAGAUCUUGAAAAAUGGGGGCAAAAACAAAAGUGUUGCAUUUAUAAUUUUGUUCAGUGUAUAUUCAAUGUAAAAGAUAUAAAGCUGUCAUACUGAAAAUAGCCAGUAGAUGGCAGCAACAUUCUAUUGUUUUAUCUUAAAAUCCCCUUUGCUUAUAUAUCCGUACUGAUGUUGGCAGAGGAAAACUUUUGGGAUUAGGAUUAAAUUGAGGAUUAAUAUUCUGGAUUAAGAUUAGGUUUAGAAUAAAUAUUAGGUUUAUAUUAAAGGUGGGUUUAAUUUUAGGAUUGAGGUUAGGUUUCAGAUUAGUGUUUGAAUUAGGGCCAGCAAGGGAUUUCCUUUACUGAACUAACACUAUUUAUAUGGUUAGGAUUAAAGAUAAAAUUAGGGUUAAGCAUAGAGUUAGGGUAUAAGUGAAUAUUAAGGUUAGGCUUAUUAUUAGAUUUAGACAUUAUUAGAUUAGUCAUACCCUGUAGUGUCUACAUUCACAAAUGGUAUGCAUUUAUGAGGUGAUUUAACCUGUGAAACUGCUACCAUGCCCCAAUUUGCAGAAUAGCCCUUCAAUUCAUCAAUGAAAAUUCUUAUUGUAAAAAUUGAAAUUGUCAGGUCUUUUAUAUGACACUGUAAGUUUGCAUAUUGAUAGUCAUACAUUGGGGUGUUGAUUUGUUCAGAAGCGUUUGCUGCAGAUAACUUUGGGGGGGUUGAUCACAGUGACACAUAUCAAGCUUGACAAAGACCUCUUGUUAGGUCGAAACGUUGCUGUGACUUUUGUUGCAAUAAAUCUGCCUGCAGCUUCACAUUUGUACUGCCUGUGAAUUUUUCUUAUUGCCUUAUCGUGUUGGAAAUGCUGGUCCUGCUCCAGAGCACCCGUGGCCGUUGGGAGUAAGUGCAGUUCCUGCGACCAACUUUUCCAAAAUAAGACCUAGGCCAAUCAAAUCCAUACAUAAAAAAAUUGAACUGUAAAAACUGAAAUACUUAGGUCUCUUAUAUGGUGCUGCAGUUUCACAGGAUAAACUGAAAUCCUAGACAUGCGAUGUCUUCUGUAAAUCAGGACAAAUAAAUUAAUUUAUUUUGAAUUACUUUUUUUUAAGCUCAAACUCAAAGGCUAGCAAGGCCCAAAUAAACAAGGUUUAAGUUUAUGUGGGCCGCAAAAAAAACAAACAUAAAUUUUCACCCCCUCUACUAAACUCCAGCCCCCCCCCUCGUCUGCUGUAUCCCAGUCCCCGCCUCGUCUACUAAACCCCUGCCCCUGUUUAAAAAAAAAAAAAAAAGCAGUGUCCAGAGUCCGGCCUCUGGCAUACCCCCAAUGUCCCCAUCCACACCUUAAAAAAAGCUGAUCCUCCCGUUACUCCUUGAAACCCUCACACACACACACUCACUGACAGACAUACACACACACUGACAGACACACAGACUCCCUGACAGACAGACAGACACACACACACAGCUAUACACACAGACAGCCAUACACACAGACUGGGCUGGUUUCUUACCUGGGGUCUAGUGGGGCUCCUGAUCAGGCAUGGGGACGGACAGGCAGUGAGGGAGCGCUGAGUGUAAGCUCUCCCUGCUCAGCUCACUCGCGCACCACAGUGAUGCCGGGAGCCGGAGUGACAUCAUAUUCCGGCUGAGCAGGAAGAUCUUACACUCAGCACUCCCUCGCCGCAGCCCACGGGCCUCAUAAAUAUUAGUUGUGGGCUGCGAGUUUGACAUGGCUGAGCUACACUAUGCACACAUUAUUAUUGACAUUUCAAUAUUUUGAUAUCGGACCACAAUCGCAGGACAAUAGGAAAAGGGAAGUACACUGAUAAAGUCUAGAUGCCAAGCAUAAAGAGGAGAAUGUAAAAAUGAUAUGAUGUGAAAAUAAGAGGGUAAAGGAGAGAGCAAGGAGAGGAAUGGGACAUCAGAGGAAGCAAAUAGUUAUUGGGUUUUAGUUUUUAUAUUCUGCGUAUAUUAUGUGAAACAUAAAUAUGUAUAGACUAAACCAGUUCUAAUAUAACUAUAAGGGACACUACUGCCCCCCAAAAAACACUAUUUACGAGAUACAGCCCCAAAAUAAACUAUGCAUGCAUUUUCAUUAAGGCUAUAUCUAAAAAUAGCUGCAGAUCUCUUGUCUGCAGCUUUUUCAAGCCAUUGCCUUCUUACACCGCUCAGACUUUCUUUGCCCAGUCAGAGCAUUUCCAAAUGCAGCUAAUUGCAAAGUUUUCACAUGAGGUGCUCUGGACAAUUGCUGCCUCCUGAGUUUAGCUCCACUGAGUUAAACAACCAGAAAGUAACAGGACCUGUUGUCUGACAGUGUAACGUGGUUAAUUUGUAAAAACCACAAUUUCUAUUGAAAUGAAAUGAGUUCCUUUAAGAAAAUAUCCUGACUGGUUUAAUCAAUUUUGCAAAGCUGUCCUAGGUGCUACAGUACGCCUCCUGCACAAUAUCCCAUUAUACUCCUUAGUAAUUUAAAGCCGAUCCCCCACCAAUAAAGUUUAUUACUAAUAUGUCAGGGUUUCCUUAAUACUUUCCAAACUGAUCUUUAAAAAGCCAAAAUAUCAUAUAAAACUACAAGGGAUACAGCUUAACUUUAAAAUAAACAUACAUAAUAUAGUGUAAUUUCACAUUUACCGUUUUAUAUAUUAAAAUGUGCAGAAUUGCCCUCACACGAUAAGAUAUGUAGUCUGUUCCAUGCUGCCUUCUCCAACAUCCUGGGGUCUAAGUUCUCCCAAUAGUCUGUGAACACCUCUUUUUCAGUUACUCCAAAAGAAAUUUACCAAGAUUCAGCAGUUUGAUUGAAGUCAUUAAUUUCCAAAUCACAAAGAUGCUAUUAAAAAUUACCAGGCCCAAAGCUUUCCUUCCUGUCCCUGAAGAAGUCUUGUAAACAGGAAGAAACACAUUGGACUUGGUUGCUUCUACUAGCACCUUUUGUGAUGCAAUAAAUGUAGUGUGAUGCAAUAAUAUAUAAAUUGCAUAUUUAGAAACAUGUAAUAUAAAAGCCAUGAGACUAAAGAUUGAAUGGUUUCUGAUCUCUCCAGAACACCUGGGUGGCAUUGCUUUUCCAUAAUACACGAUUUGCCAUUAGGUAUAAUUUAUAUAUAUUUGUCUCCAUCCUCUUCCAAGUGUUUUUAUGUAUUUAUAUGGACCUCAGGUUGUCAGUUUGGCAGAUGUUUACUGAUCAUUCUAUUGUUUUUAGCAAGAGAGGCGGCUGUUUACAAACUUCCAUCGGCAGCUUUUCUGUUGGUUGGACCGAUGGGUGGAACUAACAAUGGAAGAUAUUCGCAGAAUGGAGGAUGAGACCAAGAAAGAGCUUGAUGAGGUCAGUUUAGUUCCUUUACUUAGUGGUAUGUUAAUAAUCUUACUGGUUGCAGUUUACCUGGAAAUACAAAAUCGAGUGCUAAGCAGGACAGUAAAGGUAGAGUUAAAAGGUACAGCGUGAAUAACUGGGCUAAAUAUCAUUUCAUGCAUUUAAACAGAAUUUAAACCCUAACUGUAACACACGUUAGUGUAUUUUGGUUACCCCUGAGACAUUAAAAUGGUUAAAAAAAAGACUUUCUUAAAUGUAAAAUGUUAUAUUAGUUCUACUGUGAUAUUUGUAUGUUAAAAAGAAGUCUAAUACCAUCUUGGAUGCAAAAUGCAAUUUAAAAGUAGUUUUCCAGGAGGCAUCAAUUUCCAGGAGGACUACUUUCUUGUGUAUUAUUCCUACACUUGACAAAAAGGCAGAGCUACUGCUGUCAAGCUUUGUCAAGCCCCCAGUCAUCCAUAGUGAUGGCUGAGGCGAAAAAGGCUUUGUCUAUGGAGACUCCCACAGUCUUGAGGGAGCCUGCAGAGAAAUUAGUGUUGUGCGCAAGAGUACAGCACCGACAACAGCUGCUAACAGAUGUAGAACGAGGAACUGAAGAGGAACCCACAGAAGAAGAUGGCGAAGUGACACUCUCCUUUCCUUUCACCCAGCGACCGAGCCGCUUUAACAACGUAUUCACCAACUUUUAUUCCUCUGUACAAUAGGUCUGUAACAAAAUAGCUACGCCUCUUGUUUGAAAUUUGUUGAUAUGAUGAUACAAAUAAAAUUUCGGAUUGUAUUCGCUUUUAAUCCUUUUGGAAUUAUGCAAUUGGGUAACUCAUAUUUUUUUAUCCACUUGUAGAUGAGAGAGAAGGACCCAGUAAAAGGAAUGACUGCAGAGGAUUAG